AUGUUGCUGAAGGAGUACAGGAUAUGUAUGCCCCUCACGGUAGAGGAGGUGAGUUUAAUAACAAUUUUUCGGAUCAUUAAUAAAGUCGUUUCCGCCACGCCUGGGGUUGAGUCGGUAGUGUUACCAAAAACUCUGCUAGCUAACGUUGUAUUGUUGUGUUUGCUGUCAAUAGUUACAGACAUGUGGCAGGAUGUCAGUGUAGUGCAACUGAGCUGAACUCAAGUCUCCACUUUUCUUUGGUUACUGUCACUGCAGACUGAAAAUGCCUUUCUGUGUUGGCUGUGAAACACUUUUGGUUCACGCACAUUAAGAAUUCUUGAGCAAUUCUUCAUUUUUUAGCCUUUUUAAUGAGAUCCUGGACAAGGGUCACACACCACACCGCCACAGCCUGGAAGCUGUCAUCAAGAUCCUGUCUUUCAGAGUUUGUAUGAUGAUUAAUUAUGAUUAAACUAUCUUGAUAAAAUGCCACUAUUACAACCUCACUGGCCAGCACUCUUUAAGUCCCAAUGCAGAUCACAGCAUUGUUCCUUCCUUUCAAUCCCUGAUGGAAAUAGCAUCCAUUCAUUCAUGUUGUCUAAUUGGCUUCACAGGAUGGCACUAGCACAAUGCACAGCAAUUACUUGUGUUCAACACUACAGAUAACAUUUGCACUUGUGCUUGAAAUAAAUGGCUUUUGUGUGCAUUCAGCCUACUUGGGUAUGUGGUCUCACGACUCGUUCUAAAAUUAGACCCUGAACAUGCUUUACUCUGUUGUCCUGACAUGACAGUACCCUCACCUGUGAAACACUUUUAGUUUAUGCACAUUAAGAACUCUUUAGCAAUUUUAUAUAUUUUUUAGCCUUUUUAAUGAGAUCCUGGACAAGGGUCACACACAUAGACUGUAUAUAGAAUGGACGCCGUCUGCCUCCUUGCAGGGUGAAGCCACUCCGAGAACAGCACAGUCUGGUGACGGGCUGCAGUUAAGGUAAUAAAUCCCACCUCCACCAACAAAGCUUAUGAAGCUGUGGACAAACUUUAACAUUUAUUAUACAGAAUAUAAUUUUUUCGACCCCCUGGUUGCGAUGUUGAUAUGUAGUUACUGUAAGGCUGGUUUGUUCUCAAGUCCUCUUUUUUCUGUACAGCUCCGUUUAAGUUAUUAGGGAGUUCAUGUUUGCUAUGAUUGACACUUGGUACAGUCUGUCGGCGUAUGAAACUUGCAUAACUUACCCGGGGUAUAUGCCCACAGCGCAAUGCGACGACGAAAUGACAUCUAUUAAACGUAUUUUUUCGACGAUGAGGUACAAAGGUGGAUGUCAUUUCAACGUCUAAAAGAGGUCCACUAAUGACAUCUAAAUCUCUGAACCAUUUUGCACGUUGUGCCGACGUCUAGAUUUGGUCUUCAGAUGACGUCCAAAUUCUAAACGUCAGAAUGACGUCUAAAAAAGGUCCAAUUUGGGCAUCGAAACUUCUAACCUAUUUUGCACGUCGCACUGAUGCCUAGAUGUGGUCUUUGACGGACCGACCCAAUACUGACUUGAUCUGCACGUCUCUUUGACGUCUGAUGUUUGGUGGGUGCUGUUUGAGCCGAGAGUCAUCACAGCAACUCUCUGCGACUCUCCCGCCGAAUGCGUACAAUGCUACUGCAUAAGUGGAGAAGUGCGUACAACACUACUGCGCAAUGUUGGUGUCAGAAAAUGGAGAAAAAAUGCGGAAAUACAGAGAGCUUUUUGGCUUCAAAUCCGUAUACUGGCGGAACCAAGUUGUCCAUAGUAUAGUCUAUGGUCACACACCACAACAGGAAAGCUGUCAUCAAGAUCUUGUCUUUCAGAGUUUGUAUGAUUUAAAUAUCUUGAUAAAAUGCCACUAUUACCACCUCACUGGCCAGAACUCUAUUAGUGCCAUUGCAGAUCACAGCAUUGUUCCUUCCUUUCAAUCCCUGAUGGAAAUAGCAUCCAUUCAUUCAUGUUGUCUAAUUGGCUUCACAGGAUGGCACUAGCACAAUGCACAGCAAUUACUUGUGUUUAAGACUACAGAUAACAUUUGCACUUGUGCUUGAAAGAAAUGGCUUUUGUGUGCAUUCAGCCUACUUGUGUAUGUGGUCUCACGACUCGUUCUAAAUUUAGACCCUGAACAUGCUUUACCCUGUUGUCCUGACAUGACAGUACCUUUUUUCAUUAUCGCCUAUGCCAUUGUUUACUUACUCAUCAUCUCCAUGGGCUGUGUAGCUGCGGUGCGUGGGAGUUUUUGAUGGUGUUCUCAUAUGGUCUGAUGGCUGACAGUCAGGUGGAAUAAUGGUCUAGCUCUACAGCAUCAUCUUGUCAGGGUUGUCAGUGACAUGAGGCCACAAGAGAUUUCCUCUAAAAAAGCUUCAUUAUGGAGAGCAUGAGCUGAAUAAUGAGGGCGUUUUGUUGUUCAUAGAAGUUAUGUUUAGGAGAGUUAGGUAGAGAUGAAGCAGAUAUGCGGCUGCUUGCUUUCAGAUCUUUGACACAUGAUCUUACAUUCCCUCUCUUUCAGUCUUUGCCUUUGUAAACCGCUGUCUCUUUCUGUUUAUACCAGCAUGCAAAACCUUUAGUGAUGUACAUCAAGUUUAUGCCCAGUCCUCUAAGGACAGUUAAAAGGCUUUCCAGGAAUUAAAAGGAUCGCUAUGGAGUGAUGUGGAAAGAGUUGCAUCCCUGCUCUGUGUCAGAGGCGGACAGAAUGGUGGCAUGAAAGUCUUACCAAGCGCAGGUUCAAAGACGAGUACAUUUGUUUUUCCUGCAGGUGCUAUAUUUAGUCACGAGAAGAUGUGAACCAAGCAUUUAACCGCCCCCACAUGCAGAAAGCUGUGGUCAAACGCAAAUGUCUUUUUCAAAUGAGAGUGUUACAGGAAGAGCGCUUUGACAGGUCCUCUGAAAUACCUCAAAUGUGUGCACCUGUGUAUUUUUCAGACACUGCUUGUGUGUUAUAUGUGGGUGUUUGCAUACACACAGGAAUUUCCUACCAGUACGUGCGUCUCUUAUCUUCUGUGUGCAUGUAUCUUUUGUGCAGAGUAGCAUUGAGAGCUUUCCUGUCACGUCUGUCCUAACUUAUGAACAGAUGGUUGUUAUGAGAGGACAGAAGCGUGUAAUUAAAGACUCAAUAUAAAGCACAGAGCACAGGAUUUGCUAGCAGUUUGAUUAACUUCUGUUCACCGUUUCUGCACAUAAAUAGAGAAUCUGUCAGCGUGAGACAUGAUCUUUUUCUUUCUUUAUGAGUGGGUUUGUUUCUUCCUUUUUUUAAUGCUUGUAUCCACUUACAUUUCAGAAGUUCAUGUGCAAAGCAAAGAUGAUUUUAGACUCAAAUUGACAAGAAAUUAGCCUUUGGUUUAUCCCUGUAGAUAGAUAUCUGCAUUUGACUGUGAUUUAUGUUUCUCAAUUUGCUCAUCAAACAAUGACAACUCAUGGAAAACCUUGGUUAAAGGUCCUCUCGGUAACAUAUCCACUUGAGGUCCUCAAAAAGUUGGCCACCAUCACUGACAGACGUAAGCCAGUGUGUUUCAAACUUGGACAUGAAUCAACUUAUGUGGUUUAAGGUUUGCUUACAUAUACGAAAGCAAAAAUUUGUAUCUCCCCAGUCAUCCUUUUAGACUUAAGAGGCCUUGUUGGGCCCGUUACCACUUUCUGUCUGCAUUUCUUUUCACGGCUAUAGUAGUAUAUGUACAACCCCACUUUUAUUGUUUUGGGAAACACAGAGACCUGUUUCUGGAGUUUUGAAAGUGAAAUGUUGUCCCUUCCUGCUCAGCAGUUUCCUAAACAGAGGAUAAGGGUCUCCUUUGUUGGUAUCAAGUUAAGACUGUGGGCAUUAUCUCAGAAACGCUCAAGUGUGAGCUCACACAGCCUUUCACAGAGCGGUGAACAGCUUCACAGUUUGGCUAGUCUGAUAUGAUCUUUUCAUACCUAGUUAUUUUGCCAUAAUCAUCUAGGAGAUGUUCCUCCAGCUUUUUUUUUUUGUACAUCAGUGUCUCACAGCUUUUGAGUGUUUUGUUGUCUCUGCCGUGAAAGGAGUGAGAUGGCUGUUUUUCUUCUCCUUACACCAGCUGUGUCUUACAGGCAUCGCAAAGAGCUGCUGCGUUUGUUUCAGACACAUUGAAAUACUGACAUGUUGAAGCUUGUUCUUACCCUAUAGCAUACAAAUUUAUCAUCUAAUAGUAAUAUCACCUCAUGAUUCUGUGCAUCUUCAAAUUUACUUUAACUACUUUUGCCAUCAGAUUUUUUUCUCCUACAAAAAAACACAAGCUGUGACGUUUCCUGGCAUCUCUGUAGAUUUUUUUAUUAAUUUGUUUAUUUGCAAAGUUUUAUUCACCAAUAAGCAUCCAAACAAAUAAAUGUGAACAGAUAAAUAUUUGCAUAGCAAGUUGUGAUGUUGAUUUACAAAAUUUUAUACAUAUAAUAAGGGUUACCUAAACAAAAUUAGGCAAUGAAGAAAACAGAAUAAACAGAAACAAACAAAAACAGAUCAAGGCGGUAGAGAGGUAGGGGAGGAAGCAUAACAAAACAAAACCAAAAAUAUGAAAACUAAAAAGAAUAAUUAAAAAUGUUUAAAAAAAAAGAAAUAAAAUGUUAAUACUAAUAGAGAGACAAGAGCAGAAAGACAAAGAAAAAAGGUAAACAAAGUAAAACAGUGUGACUGCUUUGUGAUCCUGAAUGAAACAAAGAGGUAUAUUUGACAGGAGUUUUGUGAUAAAUUAGUUAUGGUUAUUUUCCAUUGAGAUUCAAAUUUAGUUAAUUUUCCCUUCUCCUCUUCACAAACAAGCCUUUGUAUGUUUAUGCUGUUUAAGCUGUGGCAUCAACUUAGAUGAGAGAGAAAUGAGAGAGAGUGUUGAUGCCAUCUCUGUAGAUAUGAAAACAGAUUGUCCAGUGUGGAGCCUUUGAUUUCAGCUGCAUCUCCUCCAACGGUCUUUUUCUUUGAGCAAGGAUUUUGUUUUUGAGAAAAAGCUGACUUAAAUUGCCUCAACUGACCAAUUAGAAUUGAGUAUUCCAGCACAGCCUCACUAUAUCCUUGUUUUCAGCUACAAAAAGACAAAAAAACUGGAUCAGUGUGUUAUAUACCAAAGUAAACAAGAAACAUAAUGGCCAUCCAGAUAGGGGCUACACUCUGCUUAGAUUUGUAUUUUUGCAAAGCUAAAGAUGGUCUCAGUAAAGCUAGGGCAUUAUUUGUUUACAGCCUUGUAACUUUGUCAGAAGUCUAUUUUUUCUGCAUGUGCUAUUCAUGGCUGAGCAGACUGUCAGGAUCCCUCGUCCUUCAAGAGGUGAGUCAGAGUUUCCUGUCUGUAUCAUAGGGAGAAGAACGGUGGACUGAGGAAGGAUGGGAUGGGUAGAUGCUCAGCAUGGAUCCACCACUUAGUGCCAGCUGCGGAGAGGUUCAGAGGAAGGAAAAGGGGAGGGAGAGGAGGAUGAGGGAAGUUCAGAGGUUUUUUUUUUUUCUUUCAGUUCCCAAGGGUCAGACACUAAUUCUCUUUGUGUGUGUGUGUGUGCAUGUGCUUAGAUUUGGAGUCAUGAGGACAUGCAAGGUCACGUCUCUCCAUGUAUUGUCUCCGAGAGGAGAUUACUGUUGCGCCAUCGCAGUCUUACCCCUGCAGAUGUUGGAUCAGUUAUCCCUACAGUGAUUUUACAAGUUUAGCAAAUACAGCACAGGCUUUGAAAACAUUCAGAAAUACCAGAGUGUAUGAGCUGUUCUGCAAGCUUUUCUUUUGUGUCCUCUUAAUCAUAGCUAGCAUUAAUGGGUGUGUUUCUGCUCAGUGACUUCCUUUUUGUUCACGUUUAGUUGAACCUUGGCUUCUUGUGUGAAAGAAAUGACUCAGUAUAUUACAUGAAAUGCCACAAAUUAAUAUCAAAUGGGGGGCGUACACUACACACAUGAACAUUUCCUGGCAUUGCUAGUUUGAGCGCAUGUGGACCACACAUGAUGUGAUUGUCAAAUUUGUGAGUUGUCAUAGGGUUGCAGAAUUCCGGGAAUUUUCAGUGUUGGAAACUUCCUAUGGGAAUUAAUGGAAAUAUAUGGGAAAUAAGGGGAAUACAUCUGAAAUUAACAAAAUUGGAGGUUGGCCCUUAACGGGGAACUUAUAUAUAGUUGGGGAAAAUAUAUUGUAGUAUAAUCUUGGCUAAAACAACCAGAUUUAAUGCAAGUACACUCCACAAUCACAUGCACACAGCACACUGCUUACUCCAGGGCUAUUGAGGCCACACCCCCUACAUGCACUGUGCAUUCCCCCAUCACAUGAACAGAUGAUUUCUCGAACCCUGAGGCCACACGUUUGAGCCCAAAGCACAAGACAUUUGAGUCCACAGACUUUAUAAAGUCAAGUAAGUUUUGAUAAUAUUAUGGGGUUAAUAUACUUGAUCUAUAAUAGUAUUAAUAUUUAUCUUGCAAAAAUUAAAUGAAAAUUGGUGCUAAGUGUAAGCUUUUUCUCAUUUCAUUGACCAUUUAAGGGGCUAGCUCAUUAUGGUGGUGGUAGACACCUCAAAAUGUGAUGCUGUUUUAUCUAACUCCUGCAAGAUGGUUUUCUGUAACCAUACAAUAAUUUAUACAUCAAUUGUCAAAUAUUUUGAAGACCAUUCUAGUUGUUAAGCCAGCUAUAUUUCUGUUCAUGCCAUUGCAUUAGUGUUUAAGCGUUUGUAAAAGCUCAUGUUUUUUCAUUGUAUUUUUUUGCAUGGGUGUCUGUGUAUGACAAAACAAAAAUGUUUACUUUUAUGUUUGGAUAUGAUACAAUUUGUUUAAAUUACUCCCAAUUUCCAGUUAAUUCCCAUGAAUUCCCAUAACUCCCAUGGAAAGUUUCCAAUUUGGCAUAUUUCCAAAACUCCCCAGCUUAAGUUUCCAUGGAAAGUUUAUGGAAAUUCACCAGAACUUUUCCGCCCCUUUGCAACCCUAGGUGCAUGUGAGUUUCUUGAAUUCAGAAAGGCCUGAACUUUCUGAAUCCAAGAAAAUUCCAGGAGUUAAUCUCGAUGCGAACAUUUGUGGCUGCUCAUUAUGUAACAAUGCGAUGACUCAGUAUCUGUAACCAAAUCAAGAAAAUCAGGUCUGAAGUGUCGGUGCUUGGUAGGAUUCCAGAUAUAACGCAUCGAAUAUGUUUAAGUAUUACGGUAGUCUGAAGUUCCAGCGCUGACAGGAUUUACGUGUAACUCUAACCACAACCACUUAGCCAAGAAAUAAUCAUUUUCCCUUCUCACUCCCUUGGGGCUAACUCUGCUGUUUCUCCUCCUGCAAGCUGAGCCAUUCAUCAGCCACCGCACCCCUUUUUUUCCUGGAAAGGUUGGAGAAGUGAUGCAUCACAGGAGACACGGAUAGAUGUGUUGCUUCUCCUGCUGUCCGUCUUUCUGCCGUUACAUCUCUCUUUCUCUCUGCUGCAGUAGCUCUCACUUACACCUCCCUGUCUUCAGCUGACAGGCUGUUUUUCAAGCUCACGAGAAAAAAACGCUGACAUUGCCCAACCUUUGGCUGCCCUGAGUCAUAGUGGCCCUCCAGCAGCACGCCUUCUUUCACAAACUACAUUCACCUGAUUCAGGUCUUGGUAGGAAAAAAUCUGCAGCUCUCAUCACAACUUAGAAUUUCUUCUUUCGUGAUUUAUUAUGCGGUGAAUGAGCAACAAAAAUAGAUUUUGUGGGGGAAUUUUUAGAAUUCUUUUUAGAUUUACAAAGACCAGCUAAAUUGGUUUUUUUUUAUAGCUAUGUUUGUUAUUUCAAAAGACUGGUUCCCUUUUAUUUCCCAUGAGAGCAUAUUGACAUUCAGCAUCAGACAGUAAAAAAAGACACUCAUCCAGAGCUGUGAGAAGUGAGCACCAGCAUGUUUUCAGUGGAUUUGAUGGAGUGAUGUGAUGUUAGCUCUGGUAAUAGCCAAAGGAUUAUGACACCGUAUGAUUGUAUAAGACUGUAAUCUGCCUUCAGACCUGUGCUCUUGGAACAUUACACACAGGUAUGAGCAUUUGACCAUCAUGCUGACUAGUCUAGCUGGUGACUUAAGCGUAGUUGGGCCGCCCAAAAAUCUAUUGUUCUGGUUUCAACCUGCAUUAUUUCAUGAAUUUGUGGUUUUGUGUUGAAUGAAUCAACUUUCUCAGAAGCUUACCUGCUUUACUCUGAUUAUUUGUCCUACUUUCUUUUUAAUUUUGAUUCCGAUUGGGUAGUGAUCAAGACGUUCCUCUGAAAAGCAUGUCUGUGUGCCUUUUUUUUUUAUUAUUGUUUUACCUCUUGUUUAUGUUUAGUUGCUGUUAAACUCACUUCCUACACUCAUUACCAUUUUUUGCUUGGUUUGUAUUGUCUAGCACUUGGGCUGUUGUCACAUUCCUACAUAAAAAAAAACCUUGAAUGGAUGUUAAAUAGGUGGCAUGUGGGUGUGUUAUGUUGCCUUUUAGUGUCAUAUUGAUGUUUGCAAAAGCAGCUGCACAAAGGUGUUACUGACACCUUAAGAUUAGAGAUGCAUGGAUCCACCACCACCUCCUCGGGAAGUGGAUGAGGAUUUGUUUGACUUACAUUUCCACAUCGGGCAGGAGGUUACUCUGGUGUAUCCUUGUUCUGCUAACUUGGCUAGUUAAGGGAAAAAAACAAACAAACAGACAAACAAACAACAACAAAAUGAUGCGUAGAACCGUCUUUUAAUAAAGCCUCUUUAACAAGGCCUGUAUCCAUUGUUCAGCCCUUGAGCAGGUUUCAAUGACAGCAAUGUUAACUUCAUGUAUCCACAGGCAAGCUGCACUGUAAAAGCAGCAUGAACCGAAGUGUUACACCCAAACAGGGUGGCAAGAUCUCUUUUACGAAUAAUACUGUUUAUUGUUUUUUCUGUUUUUGAAAAACGAUCAAAGAGGACAGUAUCCUUUGAGGUUUGGGUGUUUUUGCAUCAAGAAUAUGGGAUGUAGUGGAAAACUGUAUAAAAUGAGAAUAAGAGAACGGGAAUCGAUUAGUGACGCCAUUGUUGAUCCCACAUUUGAAUUUCGUUUGAACACCCAGCUCACCUCUAAUUAUACCACUUUAACAAUGUCAGAGUACAUCAAAGUAUAUCUACCAAGCCUACAUAUAACAUAAGUGCUCUAAGGUACACAAUGUUUAGAAGGAUGAGAACCCCCCUCCCUUAUUAAAUCAGACCCAUAUGUUCUCUUAGGCCCCUCCCACCCACUCCAGGGUUUGGCUCAGAAAAAUGAGGCCCAUCGACGCUGUUUGUUUCGUUGGUGUGAUGGUGAGGUGCAAAUCCUUUUUGCCAUCUGGUAUACAUGACAAUGCUGUGAUUCAAUCAACAUCCCAUUUGCUGCCAUUUAAUGGUCAAGAGGAAACCAUCAUAGCUCGUGAUGGACCAUUAUCCACGGAUGAGGCCCACUCUCAUUUCCUAGAUGGGUGUGUGUGUGUGUGUGAGUUGCUGUGAGUGUUUAUUGCCUCACCAGAAAGCCUGUUUCGUAACCCAGGAGUUACAUGAGACCGUCAUGCCUUGUGGCAGUUUCACUGUGGAGAGGGUCUGUUUUGUGUAUUUGUGUUACAAAUUCUGUUUGUCUGCGUCUUGUGCACAUGUGUACUGUUGUGAGUAAAGUGUAUCAGUCUAUGUUUCUGUCAAUGCCAGGAGUAGACACCACAGCACGUCAAUGUCUCUAUCUCGUAAGCUGAUCAGCAGCCUGUACUUCACUGCAGCACCCUGGUCCUGAGGUGCUUUGAUGUAUUAGUGUGCUUAAAAGAAGAUAUAUGGUGAAUUUUUUCUUAUUAUUAUUGUGCACAUAAAUAUAUCUCAAAACAAAACCUGUUUAUCUUUUUCUGUCACUCCCAUCUCUUUGUCUUGGCCUUAUCCAUCAAUACAGUUGCAGGGUAUCCACUGGGUCUUAAAAAGCCUUAAAACGUAUAAAAUCCAAUAAUUUGAAUUAAGGGCCUUUAAAUGUCAAAAAUUCUCUUAAAAUCUCACAAAAUGUCUUAAACAUGAUUUUGAAAGGUCUUACAAAUGUAUUGAUGUUACUUACAUAUAAAGAUUGAUUUGAAAUGAAGUAAAAUGUUCCAAUUUCACUUCAUGUCUUGUGUACUUUUUUUUGCCGGUAUGGAUGUAAAAUGGAUAGAAUGAAUUGUAUUCAAUCCGUUUUUAAAAAGUCUUAAAUUUGACUUGUUUAAACGCGCAGAGACCCAGAUGACAGGGUUUUUGCUUAUUUAAAGGAAGUGUUUCCUUGAUUCUGUUAUUAAGUACUUGGUCAUUGGUGGGUGGUGUCGGCAAAACCUCAAGAAAAAGUAUGAAAAGUGCUGAUGCACCAAUACAUCUUUUUUAAUUCCAGUGAGUAUUUAUGCUUACAGCUGAUGAUUGAACUGAAAUUUAUCAAGAUCAUUAAUCAUGAUCAUAUAAUCACCCAGGCCUAGUUUUCAGCUUUGUAAAUCAAGAUGAAACAACUUGUACUUAAGUUCCUUUAAGCCACAUUAGCUCCGUGGCUAGCAAAAUACACUGAUGCGUUGAUGCAGCAGUAUAUGGUUGUGGUAAAAACAGAAUACAACCCAGCGGCGGCAGGUAGCUAUCUAACAUGAGUCUGGUUCUGCUCAAGGUUUUCUGCCUGUUAAAGGGGUUGGUUUUUUUUGCCACCGUAACUUGCUAAAUACUGCAAAGUGCUUCACUUAUGUUGGAUGAGAUGGGUUGAAUCUAAAGGUUGGGUCUAUGCAAUAUGUCAAACAAUGAGUUUGGUCUUGACCUGCUCUUUUGGAUAGCUUCUCGGGAAAAUGACUGUUCUUAUUUGGUGCUAAAUAAAUAAAUAAAAAUAGAUUGAUUGAUGGAUUGAGAAUAACAUAGAACUGAGUUGGAAAGAUCUGAACAAUCGACCGGCCCUUCCUCAUCAAUACCCAGUCCAGUUUUUGGCUUCAUAUCUGACUGAUGUUCAAUACCAGGAUCAGUAUCCCUACUGUAAACAUAGAAAUAUAUCCUCACAUCCUUCUCUCUUUCUGUUUCUCCUAUUUAAUCGUCAUUGUGAUUUGCCGCAUCCUUUUUAUUUUGAAACAACGUUGUGUCACUGUGGAGAGAAAGAGUUCUCCCACAAACAAGCAUUUUUCCACCAGCGGUCACAAUCUAAGGGGGCUACUAAAUGUGUAACAUGUAGCUGAAAAUAGAGACAUAGCAGCUGAUUCUCUGGUCUAGAGACAUUUUUCGUGCUUGUUUUCAGUGUGAACAUCUUCACUGAAUUCUUGCACUGUUGCUGUGCUCGCCCCUACUUGCUUUGGCAGUAGCUUAGAAAAGGACAGAACAAUAUAUUAACACUCUCCUCUUUGUUGUUCAUUAACACGCUAAGAGAGUUUGAAUGAUUAGUCUUCGCUGCAACUGCCAACAUUUGAAAGCAAUCUCAGGGUAAUGUGGUGACUACAGUGAAAGGCUGAGAGGCUGGAUGGGAGAGGAGGGUGAGUAUAUGGAAUUGCUUUGCAGCAGCCACUUUGCUGAACUUGACAUUUUAGACAUUUAAAACACCUUUAAGUGGAUCUGAGCACAUUUCUUUGCUUUAUCAGAGAUGUCUCAGAAUGUGGCUGAGCCUGCAAGUCUGAAUAUAUAUAUAUAUAUAAAGCCAGAAUACUAGCAGUUUGCAUUAGCAGUUGGCACUAAUGUGUGGGUAACUUGGAUUUUUGGCCAGGCUAACAGCAACAUGGCGUUGGGGGACAUUUGAGCGUCAAAUCUUGUAUCAUUGUAAGUUAAUUUUUUGAUGCUGCACUUCACGCACUGGGCUCUUACUUGCUUUCUGAAGGCCUGCCCUCUAUUAUUUGUUCUGCCACAACCACAUUAACACAGCCCCCUCUGUAUUUAUGAAUAAUUAAAUUGAUUUCCUGAAAAAGCUGCAGGAGGUUAAAUAGAAUAAACAGAGGAAAACACUUUGCUGAAAAAAGGUCUCGUAGAUGAUCAUCUAUCAGACGAAGUGGUAAUUGAAUGUGGGUUAUGGCUGUAAGAGCAAUUGCUUAAUAAGGGGGGAGGAGGAUUAUGAGCAAAACUGUAAUUUGUAGAGUGUUGUUGUUAUCCCCAGUUGCUUGCAUUAGAAAUGCAUUUUUAACACUGCCUGGUUCUUAACAGUGUUGAAAUGAUGCCAUAAAACCCAGCAUCAAUAUCAGAUUGCUGAUCUAGCAAUAAACUGGGAACACAGAUUUUAAGUGUCUCCUUGUUUAUGACUAAAGCUGUCUGAGUGAAUUCAUAAACACAUCUGUCACAGCCACACUGUGAGCCACACCAGGCUGUGGAUGGCCUUCUGGGUUAUUUGCUUAUUCUGGGGAUUUUCCUUUUCUUUUUUUGUAGCCCUGUCUGAUCCGUUACACAAUCUGACAAAGCAGUUGGACUCUUUUUAAGUUAGUAUUUGAAAUCAGUAACAUCAAUCAGUUUCACUUAAAAUGACAGACUCUUUGCUGAAGGAAAAUUGACUGAUAGCCACAAAUUAUUAACAAGAUAAUUGUAAACUUAUAAGUACAUGUGUAGGUUAAAUUUACACCAUUUUCAUGAUGGAAAUAUUCUGUAUUUUUUAUCUCACAAUAAUUAGAGCUAAAAGAAAACAUCUCAUUUUUUUCCAACACCAUUCACCAAUUAAUGUGUAAUGAAGGAUAAGAAAUUCAUUUUAAGUGCUCCCCCCAUACUGAGUGUCCAGACAAAGUGAGUUUCUUUAACAUUGCUACUUUGACUAUUUCAGCCCAUUAUAUUUCUGUGGGAGCUUAUCUGUUUUAUACUUCAAAUAUUAAGUGUGUUGGUGUCAACUUUUGGCUUUUAGUUUGUCAAAGUCCACUGCAUUUAACUCAAAAUCAACCAACUCGUGGUUUUUAUGACUAUACUGUGACCUUGUAAAUCCAACAGUGUACCCUCAGUGUCUCAAAGUGGCAUCAAAUGGUAUCACAAGCUCUACAUUAACAAAAGUGGUUUGUUUUAUAACUCCAUUAGAUUGGUAAUGCCCUCACUUGGGUAUAACACUGGCUUUAAAGCGGUCUUGUAUUUAUUAUGUAUGGGUACUGUAUGUAUACACCACAGAUUAAAGCCACGGCUACAUUGUAAACCGUCCUCCUUUAUUUCUGACUAGCUUUCAGGCUAUCAAGUGUGAGUUGUCAUCUGUUCAGAUUUAAUUCAAUGUUCUGCUGGUCCUUUCUCACUCGCUGUCAUUUUUACUCCGGUUGUGGGUGUGCAUUUGUACAUGUGUACGUGUUCACAGGCACAGAGCUGAUAGUGUUUUUUUUUACCAUCUGUACUUACACACUCGCUGUAGUCCAGAUUUUCUCCCAUCUUUUCCUGCUUCAUUCCUUUUUUUUCCCAAAAUGUCUUUAGAGAGAUGAGAAGAGAGGUAUGCAAGGUACUUGCCAAUAGGAGGGGGGUUGGGGUUGGGGGGGUGUUGAAAGGAAAUCGUCUACUGGAUUAAAUGCAGUCUGUGGUUUCUGGGCUGUUCUUUAUCAAAGUGUCAGGGAGACUAUAGGAGCAUUACAUUUACUUAAAGACCCACUCCGUUGAAAAUCAUGUUUUUCUUGUUGUCUACAUGUUCUUAUGGCAUUUUCCUGAUGCUACACGACAUACGGGAAAACUAAGUGCAAAAUUGCAUUUCUGAGUAUUUCUGCAUUCAAAUCGUGAACCUCCGGCAGACCCAAAUGGCAGGUUCCAACACAGUGAGAUUUCCUAUGUCACAACUGCAAACUCCGCCCCUGGCACUCCGCACUGCAGGCCAGACUUGGAGAAGUAGAGAGGACGAUUGCGGAACAAGUGUAUGCGUUAAUGGAUUGCAAUGCUCGUAAUAAAGCUAAUUAUGAUAUUAGCUUUCAUCACGCCCCCAAAGACGUAAGUGUUUGAGAGCUGAUUAGCUUCUAUGUUACCUGCCACUUUCUACUACACCGGCAAUGUUAGACUAAAAGCUAGAGUGAAGAGGAGUGUGCAGAGCAGCGCUGCCUCUGCCCACAACUCAGAGGUGAAUUGCUAUUGAGCUACUGGAGCUCUGCUGAAGAAAAGCCCUUGAAAAUGACACAGGUAACAUGAUGUUGGCUAAAAACUUAAAUAGUAAAAAAAAAUAAACCCGAGUGGGACUUUAACCACUGUUAUUCAAACAGCUUUAGUACUUUUAAACUAAUCUUUUGUUCAUCUGUCUGUUAUUGCUCGGACUCUUCACUUUAUUAAGCAGUUUAGUCUUCAGUCUUUCGGCGUUGAAAUGUAUGCACAUUAGGCAAGUAUGCUGUGAGACACUUUAACUCGGUUUUCCUCCACUGUGUUGAGAGCAUACUCAUACACUCAGGAAAAGAAUACUCUGGUGCGCACACACAUUGGUCAUCAUGCUGUUCUGCUAUCCGUGCGGCCCACACACAGGUGCAAUGUGUCUUUGAAAGAACUAUCAGCUCAGCCCACACAUGCACACACUUUCCUACACACACACAUAUACACACACAGACAGAGACACAAAUUAGACAUGCUAUAGAUAGCAAUAUGCUGACACACUUCAUUAUCAUCGCUCGUUUCUAUGGUAACCAGUGCUGUUGGUCCCCUACCAUUACCCCCACAGCAGUGAGAGUAUUAUAGUGAUUAUAGCGUAAGACCCUAGUAUUACUGUCAAAUAAUGAGGCAAAUGAUGGAGUCUUACCUCCCCCUUGAGUCUGGGAUUUAGCACCAAGUGUGUUCUAGACACAAUAAUAUAAGGGUAAUAAACUGUGCUAAUAACUCGGGCAAAUAUCCAUCCAUCAGUUCGUCUUUUGUCGCUGAUCUGGAGUCGGGUCACGAACACAAUAACUAAUCUGCUAUUGUCUGUGUUAUACAAUGCUGCUAUUGCAUGUUUAAAGUUUAUUUCCAGGUAGCGGGGCUUCACUUAGUAGACUGGAAACAAUAAUGCCCCAUUGCAGCAAGAGAUUAGUGUUUGUUGUGCGUUUCAGUAUUUAAAAGGCUCAAGUUACACCGAGGCUAGCCUUUGUGUGAGACUACACUAAGGCACUAAAGCGCUUUAGAGGUUGAUGUGUUCAACUUCAUUCAUUCGUCAUGAGCCCAUCAGAGAAUGUAUGACAUAUUAGGUGCAUGGAACAUCACAGCAUCUUAAACCAGGUAACAUUGCAGGUAAAGGUCCAACAUUGGCUUUUAGUUCAUAGACUAUAAAGAACAGACGCCGUCUGCCUCCUCGCUGGGUGAAGCCACCCCGAGAACAGCACCCCCUGGUGACGGGCUGCAGUAUAGGUCAUAAAUCCCGCCUCCUCGAGCCAUCCUUACGGAGCUGUGGACAAACUUUAGAAAUUUAUUACACAGAAUAUAAAAUUGUCUCCCCCCUGCUUGUGAUGUUGACAUGUAGUUACUGUAAGACUGGUUUGUGUUCAAGUUCUCUUUUUUCUAUACAGAUCCAUUUUUAAGAGUUAUCAGGGGGUUCAUGUUUUCUAUGAUUGACACUUGAUACAGCCUAUGGGCGUACAAAGAUUGCGUAGCUCACCGGGGGGAUACGCUGUUUUAGUCGCUGUUCUUGGGGACUCUCCUGCCGAAUCCCUACAAUGCUACUGCGCAGUGUUGGUUUCAGAAAAUGGAGGAAAAUGCGGAAAUACCGAGAGCUUUUCGGCUUCAAAUCCGUAUGCUGGCGGAAGGCGGAACCAAGUUGUCCAUAGUGUAUACAGUCUAUGUGUUAGCUUCAACAAUCACAUGAGAUUAUUCAACUAUGUUGUUAUUUCACUCACUAUUAUUUUAGUUUUCUAUGUUUGUAUUUGGGUUGAACCUCAUCAACAACAUUGCCCCUGGAAAGUUUUCCCGAAAUACCUCUUGAAAUAUUAUAUUCUUUAGUUCUGAUCAAACAGCUGCUCUAGCUGCAUCUACACUAAUCUCUUCAUGGGCUUUGUAGUCGCGGUAACAGGCGACUAAAUAUGCCUGCAGCUACCAGCUCUCUCUUCUUAAAUGAUAUUAAUUGGUACAGUCACUCUGAAUGGGAACAAGCGUACCAGCUUGAAGCCAUGCAAAUUCAUCUGCCUGAUGGUCGAAAAGGAAUCUGUCCAAUUGAUCUGCUUUGCACAAGUAUGCUCUAUUAAAUUUACAUCUUGUCUUGUUUAUAUUUCCCUCCAAGAUUCCAAGAGAGAAGCAGAAAAAAAUCUGUUAUCAAUCCAUUAAUGGUAUUGCACACCACUCUGUAGGAAUAAGCCUCAGAGCAGUGACAGUGUAUUAAAGUCGGUGAUAUCAGUGGCCAUGCUGUAAGUACUAUUGAAGACAUAGACCCCGGAUUUCUAACCUUUAAAGGCUUGGUGCUAACAUUAAGUUAAACUGUUUUUAAGAAGAUCUGAAUAGUCACAGUUUUACCUUCUUAACUCAUUGUUUCAGCCUGAAUUCGAAGACUACAAAUGCGAUAUUAAAUGUGGUGUGUGUGUGUAAGCUGUUUGCAUCAGGUAAGACCAUAUGCUGUACAGAUGUCCAAUAACCACCGUGAUGGCUGUUGAAGUGCAGCUGAGGAAAAUCAGGACUGUGUUGAUGUCACCCAGAAGAUAAGUCAGUUUGUCCCAGUUCCCUGCACAAUGACUUCUUGGAAGUACAGACUUUACAGUUAUGUUCUUUGAGAGCAGGAAAAAUGUGAGGUUGAUAUUUCCUCUGUCACUUCACACAUGGGAACUGUAAGGAGAGGACACGAAUUCAUCGACUGAACGCCCGCUGAAAGAAAGCUAAUACACGAUACAUCUUAUCUUAAUAGCUUCAGAGUGAAGGUUGACUUUCAUUUCAUUUUCAGGAGCUAUAUGACAAGACAGCGUGUCUUUGUGUGUUUGUGUGUGUUUGGGAGACAGAGGGGUUGUCAGGAUAUAAUUACUUUAUCUCACAUGAUCGUUAAGUGAGGAUAGAUUACAUUCUCAACCUGUGAGCAGAAGAGAGGAAGUGAGGUUUGACCGUCCUCUCCCCUGGUUGAUAUGUGUGGUGGCUGGGGUGUGUGUUUGUCUGAUCGGUAAAAGUUUUUUUUUUCUUUUCUGUUGUAUUUUGUUUCCUUCUUAACUCACUCCUGAUCAUCACUGAUUUGUUGCGUUAUUUGGAGGAUUAAGGCGUGAAAAUGACUGCUGGGAUAGAUUAACUACAGAGAGUGUGUCUGUGUGUGCCUGUGAGGGAGACAGAGUGUGCAGGAUGGAGAGUAACAAAUUAUGUUCAAGGUUUAAGAAGACGGAUAAUAUAAUCUGUUCAUUUAGAUAAGAGCACCAUGUUUAUUUUUACAUUGAAGGUUAAAAACUGUCAAUGUGAGAAAGAAGAUUAAAAAACAGUCCUUGUAACUUUCACUCUUACAUCUGACAUGAGAUAUGCUGCUGACAUACUGCCAUAACAAUGUGAAAUGAGAUGUAAACAAAAGUAACUUUAAUAUUAAGAUUUUUGGUAAUCCACAUUAGAGCUGGGGGAUUAAUCGGAUUUUAACUGUGAUCACAGCUUACUAGGUAAGUGCUGUGUUUCCCUCCUUAAUGGAGUGAAAACAAAGAAGUGAAACAAGGAUUGGGAGCAUGAGGAAGUUGUGGUUUCUGCUAAGAUGAAUGGCGAACCGCUUUGUGUAACAGUAGUGCAAACUGCCAGGCAGCCACAGGUGGAGAGGGGAGAGCAGCAGCAGGAGGAGGAGGCAGGUAUGUAUCUGGAUGAGCUCAGCUAGAGAGAGGCUGAAGAAUCACGAGCAUCAAGAUCAGAUCUAAUGUCCUGUUUUGAUUUAUCACAUUAAAGUGUGAGUUGAUCUGUCAGCCCUGUGACUGUAACCUCUAAUUUAACAAAAACUCACCAUCUUCUUCUGUUUAAUGCAACACUGUAGGUGUAGACCCUAUAAGUGAAGACAAGCUCUUAGACAAGUUAGAAUACACUGUCUUAAAAUCUGGAUCACACAAUGAUACAUGUACCGGGUCGUCUGUGACACUGGCUGUGUGGUGCACAUGUUUACAGUCGUGUGACACACACAAACAGACUCGGCACGGUGGUUACUCCUCUGUGUUCAGUUAAGGAACUGCAUUAAAGUCAUAUUAGACAAACCUGAAUGAUGGAAAAUGUGAUAUCAGUGGUAACAUUAUUGCUAUAGAGGGGUAGCUAUCUGCAGAUGGAUCCUUGUUACCCAUGCUGGAAAAAAUCGUUGACUAAUAGUCAUGUAAGAAGAAGCAGAACAAAUGAAAUAUGCAAGAAAACAGUGGUGUGGUGGUGGUUUUAAGUUCACUUUUUCAGUUCUCAGCCUUGUUGAGACAUUUUAUGACUAACUGAGAACUGACAGGUCACACGCGCUUGCGGCACAUCUUUAAAAUUCAGGAACUUCCUUUUUUUGAAAUAUUUUAAGUGUUUUUUUAAAUUGUGCUUGAUUUUCUUUCCCCAUAAACAUGAACUACAGCUUGGAUGACGUGAGUUAAUUUCUGUGCAGUUGACUCCUGUUGUGUCGCAAAAGAUUUCAAAGUGUCAAAGCUUCUGCCUUUUAAAGAGACAGCGUCUGGUCCACUGAUGAGUGAAAACCACAUAAUGCAGCUUUAAGGCGCUAACCGUGUUCACCUCAGUUUCAGAGAGUUUCCAUAACAACAGUGUAAUGUUUCUUGAUUGUCAUUUCGAGUGAACUAACUAAUGGUUGGGUUGAGUGGUGCAAUCUAUAAGUCCACCCACCCUGCUCCCAAUCAUGCUUCACCUUCCUUUUACUUUCCGGGUUUUACAGCCCUGGAAAGGCAAACAGGGGGGCAGAUGUGCGGGCUCUUUAAAUAGACCUAAAGAGGUCUUAACAAGCAUCCUGCUCAGUUAAUGUCUGGCAGUCCCUCACGGCCUCUCAGAAAUUCCAGUAAUCGUGAACAAUUAUUGACAUCGUCUUGUCUCUUUAAAAAAGCUUAUAACCUGCACCUGUUCCUCCACCUGGAUGGCUGCUGAGGAAAUAUGUUUCAGGCUGAAAUAUCAGGCUGUUUAAUCUCCACGUUUUACCCAAAAUGGAAAAUCUAUCGGUGUUUUACCUGCCUCGCAUUUACGGUUUCUUCUCACCUCAGCCUCUGAUCUUGCUUGUCAAUCAAGAAAGAUACUCUCUGAUUGGAAAUGAAGAAAUGAACAGAAGAAAAACACGCAGCAGAACCACUGGAUGAGUCAGGAUGGUUUUGUAGCGUAGUGGGUCAUGUUCUGGUAUGUUCCUGAAGGUUUGACUCAUUAUCUGAAUUCAAAAAAGCUCAUUAACAAACAAGACACAGUCGACUCCAUGUGGGAUAAGUGACAGACAGUCUGCAGCACUGUCAGAAUACAAAUGUGGGGGAAGAUACAAACAAACAUUAUCAAGCUUUUUUCGUGUUGCUUUUAAGAGAUGUGUUUUGGUUUGGUUCUCCUGGCCUGAUCACAGCUGAAGCGCAGGACUUCAUCCUACCUUUAACAAUCAAGUUUGAAACUCCCCCUUUGCCUAGUGCACUCAGGGUAUUCUGUUAAAGACUCAUUUGUUUCUCAUUUGAGAAGCUAUGUUAGCUAAUACAGGAAAACCUAACUUCCACAUUGCAGUGUAAUAUCAUUGCUGUGUCAGGUCUCUGACAUUCUGAUGACCCCAAACGAAGAGGACUGUUUCGUAAUCUCUAUUUACAGUCCCCAUAAAACUGUCAAAUUUGUACCUUAAGGUCUGAUUUUCUGCAUGGGAAGUUUGUGGUUUCUGUUUACAUUAGAAGCCCAAGUGGUAUUGACCAAUCAUGCAUCAGCAGGAAAAACAGUCGGUAUGAAAAGCAAAAGCAGGUGGAAUACAAUCCUCCGACAUGACAUCCUGAUCCUCACUCUGUCUGUAUAAACAAACAUCGGUGUGCAAGUGCUUGAUAAUAACUUGAUAAUAAAAACUAGCUUGACUCUGUUUUGGAAAAGCCAACGGGUAUUUCGAUUAGGUGUGUCCUGAUACAAUUUUUUCACUUCAGAAACGAUACUGAUAUUAUAUUGGCACAAACUUGUGCACGACAAGUUUUGCACUUAGCUGCAACACCUUUUUUGUACUUAAACUAAAAUGACUGCCACAUGGCUGACAUCAUUACCUCUCCCUGCUACUUUGUUAGUACCUCAGUACACACUGUUAUGUGGGCUCUGCAUGCUGGAUCUGGGCGUUGCUAGCUUGAGCUGAGUCUGGAAUGGACUUUUUUUAUCGGAGUGUCGAUAUCAGAGAUUUUAGAUGCAGGCCGACAUAAUCUGGUAUUUGUUUUUUGCUGAUAUCGGACCGAUAUCCGAUAUCAAUUUCAGAUUGGGACAUCCCUAAUUUCGAUUUCCUUUGCCCGUCAGAAAUGAUCCAUCAUGAUUUGUGACAACAAGGGUUGUCGUUGAAUUAUCACAUAAGCUCUGAAACUUAAAAUCACUUGGAGCGCUAGCAUUUCAACUUUACAGCUGAGUUCAGCUGUCCUCUAGUAGUCCCACGUGUCUGUAUACCGUUAUCUGCUUGAGAUUCAAGAGGUUUCCGGAGCUGCUGUGUGUUGAAAGCUUGUCAUUGAUAAAUGGGCCUUGAAAAUACAGGAGCAAGAAUAAUUUAUUUCUGAUGCUGAUCUGAUAAUCGAUAGUACACAGCUACUGGAAAUGAGCAUUGUAUGUAUCCAUCAAUUAUAGUUUGACUUGGUUCAGAUAGUUUCUCUGCAGUUUCUGAGCGUAUAUUUUGAUGCUGAAAAGUUCGCAGACUCAGUGCACCAAUCUGUGUUCAUCUACCCAUUGUGUCAAAGAUGCUAGAGGCUAUGUGUCAUGUGAAACGUAGCUGUUGUAAGUGUAACUGGGCCCUUGUUGCCAAAAAAGACAGUGGUGGUUCACACCCUUCCUUGGAAUCCCCCUCGUCUGCUUUUCCUGAAAAAGGAUGAGCAAAUCUUUCCGCAGGUUUUCCUUUGCUUUGUAUUUUAAGAAACUUGAUUCAGCUGCAUUAGCUGCCUCCUCCGGUCUUCCUGUUAUUUACCUUGGGCUCUUGUGAUAGAUAUACAGUGCCUUUCCUGCUGAGUCUGACCUCAAUAAUAUUGUUGGAAACUUAUCUGAUGAUUGAUAGCCUCUUUUUUUAGAAGUACAAAAGUCUGAUAUUAUUGUUGUGGUUACCUUGAGGUUAAAAUAAUACCUGAACAAUACUUCCACUGUGAGUGUGACAGAAGAAUGGAAAGAUAGACGACGGAGCCAAAUCAGUGUUUAACCUCUCUCUGAAGCGGGAAUGUUAUGCUGGAUAAUUAAUAAGAUGUGACUCUGUUUUGUCUCUGUCUUAGUAACAUUUUCUCCUUCCAUCUUGCGUCCCCUUUGCACCUCAAGUGACGUCACCGUACACAGCAACAGGGUGCCUACAUACUGAUCCGCACGCUCACACACGCUGGCCAGGACUCAGCAGUGCAGUUAUUUUGGAGGGAGCCAAGUGAUUUCCUUGAAAAAAUAAAGGGGGGAAGAGAAGCGUUGCUGCUUAGCUGAUUGGCCUUAUAAGGGCUUUGACGUCAGUGGGAGGCUAAACUGGACCGAGACGCAUACUUGUGAAAACUACUCAAGGGGCCUUAAAAGAGGAUCUUCAGCAUUCCCUCCUUUUGCUGUUUCGAGGAUAAAUUCGGUUCCAGUGCAUCAGGCAGUGAGCCAAUGAGCUGGAACACUAUUGGCAAACGAUUAUGAAGUUAUGAGCACGCAGCUGUUUGGUUAAUCUCAUGCAGUCAGUAUAGUGUGAUGCACAAAGACAAUAAAAGGAAUCUCUAACUUGUCGUUUAAGUCCUGCAUUAUACAUUUUGGCUGUCAAUUUGUUUUAUACACAUUUUUGUUUCGGGUGUAGCCUCAUUUCAGCCGGAUGACGCAAGCAGCCAGUCAAAAAAAAAAGGAACCUAUCCAAAGGGCUGGACCAAAACACCAGACUCCCCUUUCUAUUUGCUUACGUCCCCCCUUCCUUUAACCGGUGGCUGCUCUGAGUGAAGAUGAAGAGAGAGAAAGGGGGAAAGAAGGAGGAGAGGAGUACAAGAAAAGAUGGGGGGGCUGGGGGAUGAGAAAUGAGCUACAGCUGCUCUGACAACGUUGACCGCUCGAAGGAAGUAAUUUGUAGAAAGCAGAGGUGCUGCCAAAAAGAGAGCUGGCCUCACAUACAGAUCAUGUCGUGUGUUUCCAUGUAAGAAUGCUACAGAAUAUCCAAUAUAUUAUAUAUUUAUCUCAAAAUCUCUUAAAGGUCAUAUAUGGGAAACAUGGAAAAGAGACAAUUUUGCAUCAUUUCUUUUUUAUAAAACCACCUUCUUUAGAGUGGAGACUAUGCAUUAAAUGAUCUUUGUUUUCAGGCAGGGUAUUUCCACUCAGUGUGACCCUCCUAUCUGCUGCUGUUUUAUUCUCAAAGGAACAUUUAAAAAGCAAUCUCACACCGUAGACUACGUGGUGUUUUGAAAUAAAUAGGGAUGUAGCGCCUGGAAAUGGGGGACUGUAAAAUGAGGCUGGGUUUGGUUUUGGUUCUGCUAAUGGAUGCAAGGUUUUGUUCCCUCCAUCAGUCCGUUAUACAACAAAACAAGAGACGUGAGAUUCUUGCCUUCAGAGAGAAAUGUUAAUCUGUGGCUGGUGUGUGGUUUGACUAAAAGCUCUGCUGUGUAAAAAUUACACAGAGGCUUUGAUUUGAUGCUCUGUUUAAAUUUGCUAUCGGAUUCAUCAAGCUGCAAAUUGGUUCAGCUCCAUAAAAGAAACCACUCAGGGGUGCGGGCACACAUGGGACUGCUCUAGGUUUAGGUUUGCGUUUAUUUGUGUUUGUGUAGGAGAAAAGUUCCUGUUGAAGUUUUUCCUUUACAAACAGUCAGUGAAUCAAAUGAAAGUGUUAUUGUGAAUUCUAUGUGACUUUCAUCUAACAGGCUCAAUUUCCUUCUUAUCACAAUUCACAAUUUUAAAACCACAAAAAGGUCUUUAUGUGUGAACCCAUCCUUAACCUGGAUUUUUUCCUGUCAGUUGCAGUGAGCUGAUGUCAAAAAAAAGAAAAUAAAACAUUUCAGAAAAAUCACCAAGAGUGAUUGUUGUAACAGGAGAGGUGAUGAUGAGUAUAUCAUGUUAUCGGUGCCAAAUAGGGCUGUCAUGUAUCAUGAUUAUCAAGGCUGUAAAAUAUCACAAUAAGGUUAUUGCAAUAUUUAUGGAAAACUUGAAAUAAAUUUUUUUUUUAAAAAAAUCAGUGAAUAAAAUUGUGAAAAAGCAAGAAAAGUCCAUGAAUUUGACCAAAAAACACAGUUAACUUUCUUGUCUUGUAAUUACUAAAUUAAAGAUUUAUUUACACAUUCGGCUGAAAUGACCUCAUGAACCAUUUUUUGGUAUGCUUUUAUUUUGGUAUUUUUCCCUACAUUUUAAAACUAUGCUUUUAUUUUGGUAUUUUUCCCUACAUUUUAAAACUAUGCGUUUAUUUGGGUGUAUUGGUGUUUACACUGAUAUUACCUGAAACAAUCAUGUCUUUACAGAGAACUUCUUCAAAACAAAAUGGCAAUAUAUCGUCUCGGUCUCUGUGUGAACAAGGCCUUCAUGUCCCUGAGACAAACUCUCCUUCAGAACUUCAGAUAAACACUGGAGUCUUGGUAUCAGGUGGUUGUUUUCCUGCCACAAAGUCAAAGCUAGAGAUGUUGCACUCUGUUGUCACAACUUCUUUCCGUUGAAACCACUCCCUGCGAUGUGUUAGCUCUAACACGCACUGCCUGCCUUGCCCGUAUUUUGCAGAGUGUUGGUACAUAAACAUGUGAACCGUGUAUGCCUGAGUGUCCUUAUUCUGUGAACUCAGCCUGUUUCAUCUGCUUUCAUAGUAUUUUAACUGCUCACUAGUGCCCCUGACACUCUCGCUCAAAUAUGUUUGUGCGUUCGGCCUUGGGUCUUUGUUCCCAUUAGCAGAACUGUUUUGGAAACAUGGCUAGUUUUCCUGUAGCUGCAAAAACACAGACACACAGAAGGUCAAGGACAGGAAUCUUUUUCAGUCAGCAUACUGUACCAGCUGCUGUUAGCCAGAGGAGGAGGGGGUGGGGAGGGAAAGACCCUCACCUGGAGAGGGAAGGGGACUGUGAGGAGGGGAGGGCAGAGGAGUGACUGGUGGGGGGUGCACACAGCAAGUCCAGGGUCCUCUCCCUUCUUGUUGGGAAGCUCAUACUGUGACAUUUUGGCUGCUGAGGAAUCAAAGUGGCCUGAUGAGUCAGCUUGUUGAACAAAUUGAUAAACCAUUGUGAACUUCAACAUACUGACUGAAAUGGAGGUUCCUGUAGGAAUUUCUUAUAACUAGAUAAACAAGUGUCAAAGCGUUACCUAACCUCUAACUAAACUAUCUCCAAAUAAAAUAAUUAGUAAUUGUUUGAUAAUGAGAAGAAGUUUUAAAAAUUAAACCAGUGUUACAAACCCAGUCAUGCAGUCCUUCUACGUUUUUUUUUUACAUGAGCUUGGCAUGGCUACCGCUGGCUUUGAACUCAGACCCAAACAUUAGGUAAUAAAUGUCUUGUCAAGUGAUUUACAAGGACUGAAAUGUCUUGUCCUGGCUGGCUUUCUGGCACCACCACCUCAUGCCUUCAUUUCUUGCCGCUUCUCCUCUUCCUUUCUGAAACACACUUGCAGACAAAUAGAUUACACGCACAGACUUACACUCCCGCUAGAGGAAGAGACCGCUGCAGUGCUUUUAUGCAGUACUCUUUUGCAGAAGAACUCCACUGCAGUCCAUUUUAAUCAUAUUAUCCCAGUGGCUUCUAGCGCUGUGGCGGUGGUGUUUUUUCCUGCCUUAAAUUGUAGCUUUUUUUACUGCAGGACUGUCAGGUAACUUUAUUGUUUGUGACAAUUCACUUAGCAUCUAGUGUAUAUUAUUGUAACACAGUGAUCUGAUUAUUACUGUGAUUUAAAGUUGGAGCAUGAGAGCGUGUCAUGUGGAGUUGGAGGGGCGCUGUUCUCUACAUGUUGAGGAGUAGUAAUGAAUUUCAUUUAAGAUUUCAAUAUUUUUCUCAGAGGUUUUUGUUCAAACAGUUGUUUUUUUUCUGAUUAAGUGCCUGUUGUGUGAUUGUGGGUGCAUGAGAAGUUAGGCUGGACUCUACCUGACUGCUGUUUGUCUGGAGAAUGUCAGAGUCACAGGGUUUUUAAUGCAGUUUCAGCAGAUAAUCUGCUGCGAAUGACUGAGAAAUGAGGCUGAAGUCAUCAGGGAAUACAAGCAGACCAGUGUGUCUUUCUCUUUUUUUUUUUUUUUAGUUUGUUACUCAGCAGUAUGUUAAGAGGGGGCUCUGUCCACAGCAAUGUCUGGCUGUGCAUUGACGGAAAUGUUUGACAUUCUUGUUGCAUCAGUUUUCACUCUAGGACAACUGAGAGAAAUGUGUGCCAAACAUCUGACUCUCACACACACAAACACACACACACACACACACACACACACACACACACACACACACACACACACACACACACACACACACACACACACACACACACACAGUGUCUCUCUUUCUUUCAGACGCUCGCAGCCACUCACCACCGUCAGGGUGCCACAGUAGUAGACACUGAGUAAGGAGAGUUGCAUUGACUGGCCCGCAGGUGAUAAGGUAGAGAAGAGCCAGUUCCUGCUAAAAUAACACACUUUUCUCUGUGUCAGUCUGCCAUACAGACUCCGCUGCCCACAGCCCGUCCCAGCGCACAGCCUGUGUGCUGCACAGCUUCGCAUAUGACUGACACUCUCACUGGUGUCGUGGUGUUGAGGCUGGCUGACUCCGACCUGCUGAAUUAAUAGUAAUAAUAUAACUUAUAUUUAUAGCACUUCUCAAAACAGACAUUAUAAAGUGCUUUACAAACAUGAAAGGUCACAAUAUACAAAUAAAACAAAGACAAAAUAAUCAAACAUAAUGAUAAAAGAUGAUGCAACUGAAAUAGGAAACAGUGGCUGCACAGAGGAAACAACAAAUGAAACACCCUAAAUAGAUCAUUUAGAAAAUAAAUAAUUAAAAGAAGACCAUUUGAUGAGAUAUGUGAUUUACUGUGCAGUGCUUUAAAAGUGAUGAGUAAAACUUUAUAAUCGAUUCUAAAAGAAAUGGUUAGCCAUUUGGGCUGGGCGAUAAACCGAAAAUUUACAGAUGGAAACAGACAUGAAAUGCUCUCUUUUUUUAGUUUUUGUCAAAAGUUUACCUGCCAAAUUUUGCAUCAUUAAUUUCUGAUUUAUUUCUGUUAAGUUACUAUUACAGUAAUCUAAUCGUGAGGAAGUAAAAGCAUGAAAAAUUGUUCAGGUGUUGUUAAAAGUCAGCAUGGAUCUUAAUAACUGUGUUUGUAUGAGGCUGCUGUCAAAAGUAACUCCAAGGCUUGUUUUAUUUUGCUUUACAUUGAGUAAGAGAGAACUGAUGAAGGACUGAACUCGUGGGUGUAACUUCUGACAAGGCUGACAAGCCACUAUGUUUCUUCUUACCUUGCUCAUAAACGGAAACAAAGACACUGGCAAAUUCUGUUUUUAGUCGUUUUUGAUGCAGUGUGUCAGAUGUCUAAAAAUCACAGAAAGAUGACCUGGACAAGAGGAUAGGAGUGAUAGGAGUCAUGAGGCUCAACAUAAAAUCCAUAUGUAGAGACAAAUAAAGUGAUUGUAAAUCUUUCAAUAUCCAAUAAUUCAGCUGAACUGAUUCAUGCUGUUAUAUUAAUCACAGACAGUAAUAUGUUGCUUAUCUCUGUUUGUUGCAUAGGCGAGUUUAUUUCAGGAUUUAUUUCAGGCUUCUGUGUUUAAUUGUCAUAGGACUAUUGUAAGAAAAUGUGUUUGAGUUUAUGUGGCUUCUGCUUUAAAAAUGUUUUCUACAUAAUCGCAGUAUAAAAGUAGAUUGAUGCGCAGCAAUGAAUUGCUUGAAGAAUUGCUAUCUUUAUGUUUGCAAUCUUCAUAUAUCGACCAAGUCAUAUCAAGUUCCUUCAUUCCAAGGAUAUUGUAGUAACCGAAGAGCAUCCAAAUGCUGAACUUUGACAAAAACAGGAGUGACACACUUUAAUCCAGCUGAGGAUUGUUUAUCAGUUAUACAGAUGUUUGAAAGUCUUUUUAUGUGCCUUUUAAACCUUCAACCAACCAGUAACCUUCAGUAAAGCUUUUCCUGGAAACUGAGUAUGUGGUUCCUGGAAAGCUCAAGUUGUUUUUCUAAAGAAAGAGAGAAAGAAGGACGGGCUUUUAUUCUCAUAUUGUUACUUUGCCAGCUAAGCUCAUUUCUAUGCUCCUGCUGCUCCUGAUUUCAUUCACGCUUCCUUGUGUUCUUCGUGCUGACUAAUGUGUUCUUGACACUUUUGACCGAAGCCACUUUUUAUCUCUGAAUCUAACUAAGGGUUAAGUUGGUAUUCUAUUUCCGAAAAAGAAGAGUUGGCUCAAUUCUCAGAUCUUUUUUCCACUGCUUCUUCUUUCUCUUUUGUCAGUCUCUCUUACUUCAUUAUAGUGGGCGGAAAAUCGUGUUCUUUUUUAAGCGGUCGGUCAAGCAUUGUAUUUUCAACCAGACCUUUCACCCUCAACAAAGCAAGCAAUGACUGGUAGAGAGUAUCAACCAUAGCGCAAGUGUUGGUUUUGUUCUCAGUUAAUCUGUUUGGACAUCAGGAUGGUCUGUGUACAUUUUCAAGACUAAUGAUUUAACCGAAACAGCAAAAAUCAAUGGCUUAUCUAGUCCUUUACCUACCUGGUGUACCCAGCAAGAAUAAUGCGAAAGAACUGUGGUCACAGAGCAUUCCUACUCAUGAUUGCAUCUUCGCCCAACAGCCCCGAACAUGCAGAGUGAAAAAGUGUCAUAAGUGUAAAUGUGGGCAACAAAAUGCAUGAAUGUUAUGUUAUUCCUGUGUUCCUCUGUGUGCAGCUUGUUGUGUUACAGUCUAUGCAAACUUUAUCUCCAUCCGACCCUCCACCUCCUUGAGACCUCAGCAGCCCUUACCUUUUUUUUUUUUUCCAAAGACACUUUUCUUCCCCCUCCUGAUGCCCGUGACUUAUUCACAUUUCCCAGUGAAAUUCCACUGUGAGCAUCCAAGCCUAACAGGGUGUCACUAAAGAAAGAUGGCCUGUGUUAUCAUGCAGACAGACCUAUUUUUAAAAUGACCUGCUGCUUUAAAGACUCUGUGGUGCCCGCAUGCAUACCUAGGACUGACGCUUAUUUUUACAACAGAGCAUGCUUGGAUCACAGUUAAAGUCAAGCAUGCUGUUGAUUUACUCUCACUGCACUUUCAGAUGGUAUUCUUUGACCUUCUUAGUCUUGUGAGAGAGUAAUGGACGACAAAUCAGAUGAAUCCACUGACCACUAAUCUCAGUUGGAUUUUUACCCCCUGCCUUGUCACUUUCCUCACAUAGGUGAACUUGCUCUAUUCUGCAGUAUCUAUUAUGCAGAUGGAAUAAUAAUAAUAAUAAUAAUAAUAAUAAUAAUAAUAAUAAUAAUAAUGAUAAUAAUGAUAACAAUGAUAACAAUGAGAACAAUGAUGAUACAAUGAUAACGAUAAUAAUGAUAAUAAUAACAAUAACGAUAAUAAUAACAAUAACGAUAAUAAAGAUAAUAAAGAUAAUAAUAAUGUUAAUAAUGAUUAUAAUAAUGAUAAUAAUGAUGACGAUAAUGAUAAUAAUGAUGAUAAUAAUAAUAAUAGUAAUAAUAAUGGCAAUAACAAUAAUGAUAACAAUAAUAAUAAUAAUAAUAAUAAUAAUAAUAAUAAUAAUAAUGAUAAUAAUGAUAAUAUUAGUAAUAAUAAUGGUAAGAACAAUAAUGAUAAUAACAAUAAUGAUGAUAAUAAUAAUAAUAAUAAUAAUAAUAAUAAUAUUAUUAUUAUUAUUAACAACAACAAUAAUAAUAAUAAUAAUAAUAAUAAUAAUAAUAACUUUACUAUAGAAACAGAAGUUUACAAAGUGCUUUGACAAAUAGUCAUAAAGCACAUGGAAAAAGACAAAGGAAAAACAAAAAUCUCAGUUUAAACAGAAUUGAAGGCCAUUUUCACGUCAUAAGGAACCCAGACAAAACAAGAACCAUGCAACGUAAAAUGAGACCAUGAGGACUAACAUAAAAUAGGUACGAAAAAGGAAACGCAAUUAAAAGGGGGGUUGAAAGCAGAAAACAGGAUAGUAAAUAUAAAAGAAAAUAUCAAUAAUGAUAAUAAAAUAAUAACAGGUAACACUGAUGAUAAUAGUAAUGAUAAAAUAGAGAAACAGAAAUGAGCAAGAGAUAAAACAAUAAAAGGCCUGAAAGGUUAAUUAAAAAAAGGGUUUAAGUAUAACAAAAGCUAAAAAAGACAUUAAAGCUGAAAUAAGAUAGAGGUGAAAGAGAUAAAAGAUAGAAGGAAGAAAAGAUAGAAAGAAGAAAUGCUGAAGUGAGAAUUUAGUCUUGAGGCUUUACUGUCUUAUGGUGUGUUCAGGAAGCUGGAAAUCCAUGCAUUUGAUGAGGGAUAUAACAAACCCAUUUAUGCAUGCUCAUAUUCUAGUUUACAACCCAUUCACACAUUGAAUCUCUCAGUCAGUGCAUAGCUGCACUCGGCUGAGCACAUGUGCAAUCAUUUCACAGCAGAGGAUCAGACUUUUUCUCCCCCCCUCUGGCAGCUGUUUAGCUGCACUCAGGACCCAUCAAAAGUGUGUCAGGCUUGAGCCCAGUUUAAACAGGAUUAAAUUCACAGAAGCAGGCCCAGUAAUUCUAAUUAUUAUCAAUCCAUCCACUCAGUUGUAAUCCAUUGUACAUCUGCCACGUCAGAUAUACAGCGAAUUACCUGCUGGAUCACAGGAAACCCAGAGGUCAUCGGGUGAUAGCAGGACAAUCAGACAUAUCAUGUUGUAUAGGCAUAAUGUACAGCCGCAUGUACAGUAUGGGAGUGUCGGCUGUAAUGUUAUGAGAUUAAAGCAGAUGUGCCUUUCUCAAAUUUAUGCUAAUCUAAAUUGUAAUCUGUCACCGUGGAUAGCCUUGCACAUAAAAUCGAGGGAUUAAGAUUUAAAUAGAACAAUGUCAACACAGGUUAUGUUUGACUUCACCCACUUUCUCUGUGUUAAGAACCUGUAGCUGUCCAAGGUACUGAAGUGUCAACACUCACACGUCGACACACACACCUCUAAUUAUGGUAAGAAAACACAAUCAAGACAAAAAAGCUGUUAUGUGCGUCAUUACAUGACAUAACCUGCAUGACAGUGCGGGUUAGCACAAUCGUCUAUACAUUGACUUGUCAGCAGUUCCCUUAAGGAAUUGUGUGUAUGCGUGUGUGUGUGUGUGUAUGGAUCGUUGGGGAUGGGGGAUGCAUCUCAUGUACCGGCAUGUGUGAACAUCCUUGAACACUUUGUGAGGAUCAAAUGUAUUUUUAAACAGCCGGUGACGUUCUUGUCGUGGGAGGUCAACUGGUUCCUCACUUUGAAACAGACCUUUAGACAUUGUUUAUGUUUGUUUGUGUGUUUGUGUGCAGGUGAGGGAGAAUUUUACACCUUUUGCUCUACACCAACGCUUCAAGCCCUGACAGUGUGUGGCUGAGUCACUCUGCUUCUGCAUAGUCUGAUCCAUGUGUGCAUAUCAGCAGGAUUACCUUGCAGAACUUUAACCAUCAUGCGAUUGUAUUGAAAUGUCAUUGUUGAGUAAUUGAGGGGGUUUCAAGUAUGAUUGAUGUUAGGCACUGGAUUCACAGUUGACAGUGUUUCCUCCCAGUUAAUUUCCUGUGGUGGAUUUAGAGAUGACGGGGACAAUAAAGCUAAACUUUUUUGGUAGCUGAGAACUACAGAGAGUUCACAUCCUGCCUCAGCAUUUAUUUUGUGACUUACCUUGUCUGGAGGACAUUGUUCACGUCAUGUCUAGCUUUUGGAGGAUUAGAGAAAUGAAAAAUUGCUUGAAAUAAAAGGAUGAAAAUGGCUGUAGCAAAAGGUUAAACCCAGAGAAGGUCAAAAUAUAGAUUCAGAUUUCAGAGUGAUAAGAAGAUGAAAGACAGCAGAGAGAGGUAGUGUUGCUUAAAAUAGCAGUCUAUUUUUAGGUACUUCGCUGUGGUGGGCGUCACAAACACAGAGGUGUGUGAUUUUUGAUUCAGCACCCAAGAGAGGGAGCUGGUCAUUGAAUUCAGCAGCCUGAUUUUUGUAUAGUAACUAGCCUGUUUCAGAAUAACUGUGCCAUUUGUUCUGUCAUUGAAGUGGCUUAAUACAUUUUGUUUUAACUCUUGCUUAGAAAAACACAAAAGUCUGAAAAAAUCUCAGCCUUAUUUUUAUUUUUAUUAUACUCAACCUUUAUAAGGAAACAAAACUAACAAACAUGGCUUCAAUAAAGUCUAUGUUGCUUUUGUGAAAAGUUAAAGGUUACACACUUUUAUCCCAAAUUACAUGGGUCUAUUCAGCCUAAGUUGUUCUGCAGAGACCUCACCACAAAGUAUGCAGUAAAUUUUAAAACCAUUGCAGUCAAACCAUUAAAAUUUCAUCUAUACUUUGCCUCUAGAAGAUGCAUCAAAUUCAGAUGAAGAGCUUUCUUUGGCUCAUCAUAGUUUCAUAAGAAACAAGACUUUUCCCAAAGUUUUGCCCUUGACAGAGUGUUGCACAUACACACGCACACACAAAAAGAAUUAAGAUGUUGCUUUAUUCAUUUAAAUAGUGAAGUAUAAAAUAAUAAUAAUAAUGAAAAAAAGAUAGACCUCGGAAUUUAUUAUCAUUCAUGAUUGAUAAUAGGGUGUCCUGACAACUUUAUUGGCCAAUACCAAUAUUGAUAAGAUAUUGAAAAACGUGGGCAUGUUAAGUUUUGCACUCAGCUGCAAUGUCUUUUCCGGACUUAAACUAAAAAUGUUGCCACACGCCUUACAUCACUCCUACUCCUUGUUACUUUGUUCGUACCUUAGUACACGCUGUUGUUCUGAAUGCUGGAUUCCGGCGCUGCUAGAAAGAGGUACCAGAGUGGAGUCUGGGAUGGACUGCUUGUAUCAGAGUGCUGAUAUUGGAGAUUUUAGAUGCAGGCCGAUAUAAUCUGAUAUUUGUUUUUUGUGUUGAUAUCGGACAGAUAUCUGAUAUCUAUACCGUAUCAGGACAUCCCAUUGUGGGAUAUCAGUAUUGAUCCCAAUUAUAGUGAUUUUCAUGCAGUCAUCUCUAGCUCACAGUUAGGAGGCAGCGGUCUUAUAUUUGGACCAUUACAUAACCAUCUAAAAACUCCACAAAGAAGGCUCUUUGUGAGGUAAGUUUCUGACAAAAACAAACUGUAUCUCAAGAUCAACUGUAUCACAUCAACAUUUCAACUUAUCUCAUAGGGCACUUGUGUGGCUCAGUUGGGGAAGGCCCCCUGUGCACCGAGGCUGAGGUCCCUGUCACACUGAUUUCUGGACUCUCUCAUCAUCAUCAACUCCAUUCCCAUUCAUACUCAUUUUAUUGUAAUUCUAUGUUGUUACCGACAUCAACAGCAAAACUUGGCAACGCAAUCCUUCGUUAAGCUGAACUUACAAAACACACAUAGAUGAUCUAUACAGCAUAAGACUGAGCAGUUGUGCUCAUUUUCAACCUAAGCAUGGCGUCUGUUGAGACUGAACCCCAAAACCUGGAUUUAUUGACUAUCUCCCAGAAGAGAAAAUUGCCUGGUUCCUUGGUGUGUUUGCUCAUGUGAGUGUGUCUGAGUCUGACUUUGUGUGCAGCUGGUUGCCUUGGUAGCACCACAAAGUCCCUGUGAGUGUGUGUCUAUGUACGCUUGUAUGUAAGAAAGUAAAUUUAACAAGUGUGCUGUGGCAUUUUCUGCUGUCAAUCAACUGCAAAUGCUGCAGAGAUGUGGCGUCACUCAACAGAGGAAACUUUUAUGAGAUUUUCAGACCCAGAUAAGUUUUUAUACAUUAUCUUGAAAGUCACACGAUAAUGUGCAGACAAGAUGACAGACCAUGGUGUUUAGUUGAAGUGAGAGAAACUGGUCACAGAUUUGUUUUGAUCUCAUCGUUUGCAGCGCGACUGGUGGCAAAGACUCUGUCUAAAAAUGUCUUGCUUGUGAGCGUGUGAAACUAUCUAUAAAAUGCUGGCAGCAAGAGAGUAUCAGCCAGACACUGUGACUAUUGAGUGGACGAUAAACAAGCAAUGUUCAUUGUGCUUCAUUAACUGUUAUUACUGAGAUUAUAAUUUGGUUGGAUGUUUAUAAUGCAUUAUUAUAUAGACCUGAUCAUAAUUUUUUUUUCUGUGUAAUUUCACCAAUCCAAAUCUGGGGUUAUAGUAACGGAAGAAAACAUGUCAGCACGUUUUUUUACACCUGUUUCUCUGCACUGGGAAGAAAAUAGAGUCUAGAAUCUUAUUGAACCUUACUGUGAUGUUUGCAGAGUGUAUUCUUAUCAAAGAUACACAGUAGAGAGUUAAUAGGGUUGCACAACAUCCACGUGUAAAACUCGACACAGGUUGAAGGCAUAAUCUCUUUCUUUCCCUUUUCCUAAUUGUCAGUGUUGAUACUUGAAAUAAACCUGAACAAAUACGUCAUUUUAUAUUCCCAAGCUUAGUAUUCAUUAGUCCACUGCUUUCCCAAUGAUAGACUAUUGAUCUCUCCCAGCUUGUCACUGAGCCAAACCUUAUGUUGGUACACAGCGGGGUCCAUAAACUCACAGUGUCAAACAAAAACAUUAUGUCAUUUUGGAUGUCAAUACAGCAGUUGUGCCUGUGGUUGUAUUUUCCACCACAGAAAAUGAGUUUUUGAAUCUGUAUGAAUAAGUGUAGGUUAAUCAUGUUUUAAAAACCACAUUGGUUAAAACAGAUUAUAAAAUACAGCUGAUUUACGUGUGUUAUGUCAGUGGAGUGAUAGUAAGCCUGGCUGGUAAGAAAAUUGACCUCAUCUGACUGGCCGCUGCUGUCAUCUCACAUCGGGAAUCAUUAGUGCGUAUAGAAUUACACCUCUGUGGACAGUAACACCAUCUGACUGCCAUUAUGCAACAACCCAGCAUGCUGCACACAAGUCCAUUGCAUCAGUGAUGCACGGAGCGAUGUACACAAGAAUGGCUGAUAAAAGCAAAAGACACAGACAGGGAAGGGAAAACAGGGUAAAAAUGCAGGCUGUGUUUAUGUGGUCGGUGCUCUUGGAUGUACUGUUGAAUUAGUCAAGGGGUUAAAUAGAGGUGAGGCCAGGGUGAGGAGGAAAGGGAAGAGAGCAGUUUUUCAUGAAAUCCCAAAGACAAUUUUUUAUUCAUAUUACACUUUGACUAUUUCUCAAUAAAAUAUUUCACUCUGACUGUCCAAGAGCAGGAGUCUUUACCACUGAGACGUUGUGAUCAAUGAGACGAGUAUGAAAUAUUUGGUUUUUAAAGGGAUGGACACUUUAUUUGUCACAUUGAUCUGCACAGCUUCACUGGUGUCAAAGUGAGUCCUAAAAUAGACCGGUCCUGCAGGUGUUUGCACAGCUGGUCCAAUUAGAUGCUGCAGAGGGUGUCUCAGGUUCCUUAGUCAGUGUGGUAAACAGUUAAUCACUAAAGUCUGAUCAUGAAAUGUGUUGAUGAACAUAGAGCCACUGAUGAGACUUCUGGUAAGAUUUGACAUUACAGGGCAACUACAGGAGACCUUUACUCUUUGCAUAACCCUAUUUAUAUAACCUUUUAAUGUAUAAUACCCUCACCAAAGUGAUUAAUAAAAUAAAACUCCCCUCCUGUGCUCUUGACAUCCUGCCAGUGAGAUUUCUCAAAGAGGUUUAUGAACCCAUCAGUUCAUAUCUUCUCUCCUUAAUAAACACGUCACUGACAGCUGGUACUGUCCGUACUGAUUUCUAAAAAAGCAAGAGUUUAACCACGACUGAUAAAACCCUCAAUUGACCCAAAUUCUCUGCAUAAUUUCAGACCCAUCUCAGAUCCUCAGUUUCUAUCCAAAGUUCUUGAAAAAAUGGUGGUUGAACAAGUGAUUUCUUUUUUAAAUAACAAUGAGCUCUCUGAGGAAUCCCAGUCUGGUUUUAGGGCAAAGUACGGCACAGAUUUUAGUCCUUUAGUCCUAGGACAGAUCUUUUAGCGUGGCUAUUGGCAGCUUUCAUGUGGGGUUCCCCAGGGGUUGGUCCUUAGACCACUCCUCUUCUCCCUGUAUGCUACCCCUGGGUCAUAUCAUAUGCAAACUGGAUGAUACCCAGCUGUACCUGUCUUUUAAUCUCAAUGAUUUUACCCAUUUUAGCACACGAAAUAACUAACAGAGACAUAAAAUGGUGGAUGUCUCAGAAUUGAUAAUUUCAGGUAAAACUGAGGGAAUGAUUAUUGGUCCACACUCAACAGGAAUGCUCUCUGUCACAAAACGUUACAGCCAAAUGCAAAAAUCUGGGUGUGUUUUUUGAUGAAAACCUUAUCUUGGAUCAGCAUGUCAACGUAGAUAAGCAGUCUUGUUUUACGCAGCUGAGGAAACUCUCCAAAGUCCUGUUUGGAAAAGUGAUUAUUCUUAUUCGUAUUAUUUCUUUUUUUAUCUUCCAUGUCAAUGUUCAAGCUGCAGGUCCAGGGUAAAAGAAUACUGUCUUAUUAUGAUCAGUUAGGGCCAAACACAUUUGACUCCCCGCAAGAUGUUUUGGAGCAGCUUUCUGACUUCUAUACUAUUCCUUGACACUUACUCCACCUUUCAGAAAACACCUCUAAUGGAGGUAAUUCUCAAGUAUUUGGGUCACCAAAUCAAAACCUGUUGUAACUGAGGCAUGAGAAUAAAGAAAGGGAAGGAAACGGUGUGAAGUUGUUUAAAGGGACUCAGAUAGACAGAUGCUGAGCAGUGGAAGAGAUAGAAGAAGGAAAAAUGAAAGAAGGAGGGGAAAUUGACUGUUUUUUGUCCCUGAUGUUAAAGUCAAACAUCAACCAGCAGGACUAAAAAUAGUACAGUAGUGGCCCUGCUGCUCUCUCACGCACACAGAAACUCACACAGGCUCUCUCCCAUACACACAAACAAAGACAGACACGUCCCAGUGGGGAUUCCCAUCAAAGCUGCCCUCACCCGUCCUGACCUUUCAUUUAAGUUGUGUCCCCAUACUCACACACGGUCCCUCUCUCCUCCAUUCACAGCCUCCCCUGCAGUACGAACUGCACACCAAGCCGCCAGGUUCACUGACAGUCUGUGUUACCUGUCGUUUGUUUUCCUCUCUCACAAGAAUUCGGUUCAGAUCACAAACACAACCCAUCUUCACACAGGUAGCCUUUGAUUUGCUGUGCUUUGCUCUGAGGAGCUGCCCUUUGAAAGCUUUGUUGAGCGUCUUCCAAGCUUAUUUCCUCCUGCUCCUACAUUAUACUGCAACAACUGAGCAGUUCAGUGCGGAAAAAAGGGUGGCAGCACAGAAAUUACAGCAUGUGCGAUCUCAUCUGCAGGCAUUAUUUAUCGUCAUCUGAUGACAAGAUGGGCUGUUAAAGUCUGCUGUGAAAGAUUUGCAAAGGGUAGAAAUGAAACUCUCCCUCUGGUGGUACUCUUGGUCGUACAGAUCAGGCUUUGAGAAGAAAAGCUGAACACCACACAGCUUUCUGCAGCUCACUGUUUUGAUACAAGAUGGUACAGUGCUUGCUUAGUGGACAAAAAAACAUCUCUGUGCUGUUUGAAAGCAUGAAGUUUCUAAAAAUAACAGACAGUUUUAAAAGCCGAAGAGAAAGAUGUAGAUGUAGUGAGACUAAUUGAGUGUGAAGUUAUUUCCGGGGGAGGUCUCUUGUCUUCUGAUGCUGGUUACUCUGCGCUCACACUCCUUGUGUAAAGCUUAUAUGAUCUGUAGGGAAAGACAUUAGUACAAAUGAUGAAUGUUAGCCAUAAACAAACACUGUGUGUAAAAGAGGGGUCAGAAACUGAUGUUUAUCUGUUGCAUGCUGGUAUACCUGCCUGUAGGACAUGCUGUGUGUAUGUAUUACCCAGUUAAAGUCCCACUCUGAUUGUUUUUUUUUUACUACUUAAAGUGUUAUCAGUGGUCUUUAAGUUGUUAUUAUGAAGUUUGUAGCCAAAAUCACAUUACCUGUGUCAUUUUCUACUUUUUUUUUUUUUGCAGAGCUCCAGUAGCUCAUUAGCAAUUCACCUCUGAGUCCUGGGCGGAGACAGCGCUGCUCUGCACACUUCUUUUCACAUUAGCUUGCAGCCUAACAUUGCUGGUGUAGUAGAAGUGGCAGGUAACAUAGGAGCUAUUCAGACUCGGACUCUUAUGUCUUUAGGGGCAUAAUGAAAAUAAAUUUCAUAACUAGCUUUCUUACGAGCAUUGCAAUCCGCUAACCUGAGGCUUGUUCCGAGCCUGGCCUGCAUAGUGGGGCUCCGGGAGUUCACCUCUUUGUGAUGUAUGAAAUCUCACUGUUUCUGAACCUGCCAUUUGGGUCUGCUUUAGAUUCACAGCGAUUAGAAUGGAGAAAUACUGAUAUGUCCUCUAGUAUCAGAAAAUGCCAUAUGAACAUGUAGACAACAAGAAAAACAUGAUUUUCCUCAGAGUGGGUCUUAAACACCUUUGAUGCAUCAAAUCUCAGCUAGUUUAAUCAGGUAUGAAGACGUACUGUGAGGUGAUGAGAAAAAACAUCAGCUGAAUAGUCCUUUAAAUCAUGAGUAAGGACAAUGAUUUUCACAAUCAGGACAUCCCUGUCUGGGAGUUUUUUUGCGUACCCACAUACAUGUGUGCCGUGCCUCCCCUGUGUAAUUCAGUGGCUGGGUUUGAACAUUAAUCUGCACACGUCCACUUGAAGUGUAAAAUUGCUAUCUUAGAACUACAUGUGAGUAAUUUCUUUCCUAGCAGCCCAGAAAUGUAAUAAUUGAAUUCAUUCAACACGUUUUCCUUUUUCUAUAGCCAGCUCAGAGUGGGACUUCUGAGACAUUCAUGACUGAUAAAGUUAUAGUGAUUGUUGUUGAAAGUCAUCAGCUCUUGAACUGCACUGAAGGCACUCAGACCAGCUGCAUUGUCCUUUUCCAUAAACUUCACGUUCACGAGUUCACGUCAGUGUUUCCUGCUAUGUAUCAGGAAAUUACAGGGCUUUCAAAGACCAUUAAAGAGUAAUUCAUGAACCAUUUUUAUUAAAUUUGUACAUUUAAAACAAGCAGGCCAAACAAAAAGUUAUUUCAAGGCUUUAGCUUUUAAAAGUGUAUUGAUGGUUUAAAAAAGUGACUUGAAUGUGUCUAAAUUGGAGGAGGGUUGGAGCAGGGAGCGCUGGGCUCGCUGAACUCGAUGUUGAUUGGCAGAAGGUCUUUGUGUGUUCUUAGCUGGUCACCCACGGUGUUCCAGGACAAAUCGUGACUCAUUGCUCCAGAAGUGGCCGAACAUUGGGCGGCUUAAUGAUGUGUGUCCGUUAAAGAAAAUAGUCCCUGUCCCAUCAACAAAAAGAAACAGCAGCAUUGAGGGGGGAAUCACUGCAUUCAAAGUGCUUGUAUUGACACCUUCCUGGAUGUGUGUAUGUGUCCUGUCUGUUCCCUGCAUAGAUGCCCUCUGGCUUUUAUGACUCAGGCAUUUUUGCCUCUUUACACCUGUUUUAGUCUGUGUUUGUGUGUUAUUUUUAUGUGUAAAUGUGUGUUUUUGCGUGGAUGAUGGAGUUCCCUCCAGUAAAACAGGCUAAUUGUUUGUUUAUAUCCUCUCAAGUUUCGACAGGGAUUCACAGUCCCCGUGUUGGAGAACGUCUACCCUGCUCUUCUUCUGCCUACCUUUUGUCUCACUAGGUUCACUUCUCUUUUGUGACAUCCUUUUAAAAGCUUAAUUGAGUGUCUCCUUUUUUCUUGCCUUUUUGAAGAUGAAUUUAUAAUCUAAUUGAGUUAAAGUAACUCAAAUCUUUUAAAUGUUAAUGUAAUUAUUCCAUUAAUGUAAUUUGAUUAACGUAAGCCAUGUAAAAGGAAAUGAAAGCAGAACGAUAGCUGCAUCCUGAUCUAGGGGCUGGAGCCCUUCAAGCACCAAGGCUUUAAAGGGCUCGGCCGUUGAGGUCUAUGUAGACCAGUCAGGCUGAAGUCAGGGUUCCCCUAAAUGUAAUUGACGGCUACCACACCUUAAAAAUGAGUUUCUUUGUUACGUGGUGCUACCUCGCUUGGACGCAGUAGUAUUUGUGACGCAGAUAGCGAUGCAUCACUGCAUCGAGUUUUAACAUCCGUGAGUUGACAUCUGCGAUCACACAGCUGAUUAAUUAGUACCCCACCCCUGCUUGCUGUCCUGUGGGAAACACUGGAAUUGACCCAAGUGGCGUGCAGUUGUCACUUAGCAGCUACUUAGCAGCUUUCUCUCGACAUAAUUAAAUGUUUCUAACUUUGCCAUGAUGUUGAAUCUUUUCCUUUAUUUGUUCUUCUGCGAUACCUUUGCAUUUAAGUCAUCUGUCAUACAGAUCUCUUCCUGCUCUUUACACCUUGUUUCCCACUUUCUCUUACAUUUUCCCUCUUUCCAUCUCCUUUUUCUGUGCCUUUUUCUUUCCCGGCCCUCAUUUGUUUUCUUUGUGUGUUCAGGGCUCUGUUAUUUUUUAUUUUCUGCUCCAUGUCUUUUCAAGAUAUUAAAAACCAAGCUCCAUCACAAACUGGUUACAAAUAUGCACAGCUCCAGAGCCUGUUCUUCACUUGAAUAUUCCUCUUGAAAUAUAACUGAAUUGUGAAACAGGACUGAAACAUGACCAGACCUCAUCAUUGUCAGAUUUUAGGUACAAAUGUUGUCACGAAAUAAAAAUCGGAUUUUUUGAUUUCUUGAAAACUAGUGGAGUUGGGAACAGAAAACCGAGGAGUAAACACGUUGACUUCACCCUGACUGGUUGUGUUCAGUGUAACAUGAUGUUUCACAGAUAUCUGUUGCUAAUUAACCAGUUGCACCACUUUCUCAUUAAAUGGUCCUCUGAUAUGAUUAUUUUUAGUCCGUGAUCACUUUCCAAUGUCAGACUUAAUCCUGAAAUUUCUGAUUAUUUUUGGUAGAGCUUGCUGCAGUAACCUCUGUGAACAGCUACAAGUUUGAAAAGCUGCUAAUUAGAUAUUAAAAGCUUAUUCAAAAAAGGUUAAAAUCAAAACGACAUAUUUACCGGUGUAAUGUCAACUCCUGGAACCAAGAUAACUUUUUGACACGCUGUUGAUGUCAAUGAGAUAGUAGCAGGCUGUCAAUGAGGCUCUUUAAAACUUCUGUUUAUCUCACUCAUGUCUCCCACAAAAGGCCUCCAGCAUGUUUUUAUCUUGAGCAAAUAUGGGUCAGAGUGAAUUAAUCUGCCUGAAUGCAGACUCUUUUUAUUUUGCAGAUGAAUUCAGUUGAUUGAAUUAUCGCACAAAGUGUGAAAAUUAUCAAAUCCAAUGUGUAAAAUUCAGUGUCAUUGAGAGCUGAUGGAGAAACGAAAAACUAGUGAUGAGGAAACACAUCGAAGAUUGAUUUCUUCAAGGGAAAAAAGUGUUGAGUUUUGUGCGUGUUUUUUUGUUUGUGGCGUAGAAAAGAGGAUGUCACUCAAUGUAAUGUGUCCUUUCAUCCUCACACACAUACAUGGUUGAUAUAUGUUCAGUGAAUCAUCUGCUCACUUUGAAAAGGCAAAGUCAGUGACACAUAGAGCCUUGAACAUAUGUUCUGCCCUUUAUUAGCCUGCUACACAUACACAAAUACACAAACACACACACACACAAACACAGUGACAUGUUACCGAGUGCUCUUCACACCAUUCUGUUGUGACACACACACUGUGCUGCAGCUGUGUAUGCUAAUCUGCAAUUCAUAACACACUACCAUGACCUUCACCUCGAUGCCAACAGCUUGCCGGGUUUGCGCCCAGAUCCAUGUUGGCUUGGGGUAGCACUCCACACCCCCCUGCUGUUAUGAUCAUCUCUCAGUCUUAACAGGUGUAUCAUCAUCCUGUUAAGCCAGCAUUUGAAUUUGGUGUUGAAGGAAAUUUUCACGCCGGUGUAUCAGACGACUAGUCUGUCACGUAUUGAAUGAAUCAUUUGCUUGUCCUCACCUUCCGCCAACAGAUUACCUUGUUGUGUGAGGACAUCUGCCAGCCUGCACCCCCUUUUCUGUGAAUACAAAAUCAGACUGAUUAUAUUGAUGCUGCUUCAGAGCUGUGCUGUUAUUUACUGAUAUUUGGACGAUUGUGAAGAUUGUUUACCUUAAAAGCAAUGUCAGUGUUUAUGCUUUUGACAUGAAAUUAACCAUUUUUCGAACUGUCUCUACAGAAGGGUUGGGUAUUGAUAAGAAUUUAUUGAUACCAAUGCCAUUAUUGAUUUGAUCCAUUCUUUGUCAUACCCUAUAAAUUCCUCCCGUGAAUUUUCUGUGUACAGAAUGUAGGCUUUACAGGUUGUCUGUGUCAACAACAUUUUAUUAAGUUUAUAAGUAAAUAGAUAUAAAAUUGGUCUCUGGAUCUGGAUAUCUCUGGACGCAAACAAAAGAAAAUAAGUGAAAAUCUUGGAAGAUGGUUGUCGAAUUCCAGAUCUCUGGACGUAAAUAAAUAUAUCAAUGCAUACUAAACUGUUCCUGUUUAAAAAUAUAAGCAUAUCUAUUUUCUCAGAAAGGAUUCUUAAUCCUUCAGGGCUGAUAGCAUCUCCAGCCACUGAAAAGACCCUCCCAGAUGGGGUUAAAGAUCCUUAGACACACAAAUAGGUUGCCCAAAGUGCUGAGAGCAAAGGCAGACAGCAGAGGUACUUGGUGCACCACUAAUAUUGUCUAAAAAUGGAUCCAAUGACUACAAGUUACAACCUUUACUACAACACAAGGGUUAAUACAGAUUGUCAUUGGACAAUAACGUGAAAACCCAGUGUUGUUCCUGUGGUGCACUGAGAGUAACGUCAGUGAAAACAGUCAAAGUGUCAGCAAUCAGGGCUUUUCUACUUAUUCUAAUUUAUGCAUCAUUUUGCACCAAAUUCGUACCAGAGGGUUACCUGAUCAGCCAUUACUCCGAUCUCGGUAUUGGGAAAGAAAAAGUGUUCACAUUCUUAAGUAUUCCUCUUCCUAUCACUGUUUUUCUAUUUGUAGCCAUGACCAACAUCUCAGUCCCUGGAGAACAUCCAUCCCACUGUCUCCAGUAUUGGAUUUGUAUGUAUGAAUGUUUGAUGUACGUCGCCUGUGUGUUUACGUCUGAUUUGCACGUGUGAUGGCAAUGACAAUAAUAGUCCAGGUGAUUCAUGGUUUUGUCCCGGGGAAGCGUGAGUCGCAGGUGUAUACCUCAGCUGGCUGGCACUUAACAGGGACUUCCUGACAUUUGUCAGGCUGAGUCAAAGGUGGGCACGUUGACACAGUUUGUCACUGAAAGGUCGAAGAGGCAGUCAUCAAAACUCAUAUACAACAAUUACAACGCAGUGUGUUAGUAGCUGUGUGCACUUGAAUCCUGGUUUUGCUUCGUAGUAGGGCUGACAAGAAAGGACCUGUAUUAAAUGUACUUCUAUUUACAACAUUUGGCUCAAGAUUUCUCCGACUAGACUGUUUAAGUCUGAGUCUUUCUAUUUUUGUAUCUUAUAGGACAUGAGUAAAGUACAGACACUCAUGGUUCCCAGAGGAUAAACCCUGCUGAUUUUGGUUCUUCAUUUAUCAUCAUUAGCCGGUCAAAAGUUGUGGUUUUGAGUUAAACGUUGCUUCAAGGUAGCUGCAGGUAUUUUGAUUUGAACCCAGAAAGAGAGGCGGAGGCAGAUAAAGCAUUAACAGUAAAUCUAUUGAUUGGAAGAGAUCCAGGGUCCGAGGCGUGAGGAGGGUAUCCGAGGAGUGGUGAGGACUAGAGGUGUGAGGGCAUGUGGCAGAAGCAGGUGAGUAAAUCUGGAGAGAGUGUAGCAGUUUGGUGGAGAUUGAAAGGUAACAUUGGGACUUGUGGACCCACUGGAAAUCCAAGGGAAAGCAAAAAAACAUUGACAAUGUACAACAAGUAGCAAACACAAGAGAACUCCAGCAGAUUCAGUACCACAGGAGGUGCAGGAAUAAUCUGGCACUGGAGAGGCCUUAGAGCAGAGCUCAAGAGCUGCUGGUGAUUGCAGCAAUUAGGUGCAAGGAGAGCCAGUGCAGGAGGGAACCACUCAAUCGAUGUGUAGUAAAGACACACAGACUCUGCAUAAGGGCCAAACCCAGAAUUCACCAAAAUAAAAGCUUAAAAUGUGCAAUUACUACAGGUGUGGUGCAACCAACGUGUGCCGAACAAUAUCUGCAAACUGCUUUCCUCUUAUCCACUUGUCUUUGGGAAAUGAUAUUGUUCCCACACAGGAAACCUUCAUGUCAGUGGGAGAUCUUCUAGAUCUUGCUUUUUGUGUGUUGACAUGGCUAGCACGGCAGGAAAGUCAUGUUCUGUGUGUGGUCCGCUUUCAUCUUCUGGCUCUGUGGGAACUUGGAUUUUAAGUACUUAUGGUUCUAAUACGUGUACCACCACACCUCUAGUCACGAGUCAUAUCAACUGGGGCUUUGUGUCCAUCCCAUUAGCAGGAUCAUGGUAUGUUACGAAUACUAGAGGUAAAACUCUCACAAGGACUUAAACCUGAAGAAGUCAUGCUGACUGUGACACCUUCCAACUCAAAAAGGAUGAAAUGAAGACAUAUAAUAACCUGAAGGUCACUGUCACAGUGACAUCAAGAAAUCCCUUUUCUGUUGGAGCCAUAGUAUCACUUGAGGGGAGUUUUAUUACAUUAAAGUUAUUAUUUAAUCAUCCAUUUGUGGAAAUCUCCACAGUAACUGCUGAUUCUGCUGCUGUAAGAAUGAUUUACUGAAAGUUUUAAUGAUCUACGAAAAAAAACAACAAACAUAAAAAAAGACAGCUUUAAUGGUAUCAUGAAUGAAUGAUAAAAGUAGUUUCUAUAUUCAAUGUACAAACAUCAUCAAGUCUGCAGUUUUGCUGUUAUUCUGCAGUGAAUUUACCAACAAGAAAAUGCACCUUGGCAAGUUGGUUGAAGAAACACAGACAACAAUAUUCUUUUACUGACAAACACACGGCAAAUUCAAAAUCCCCCCUCACAGCACAGACCACUUACCUGAGGAAAAAGCAUCACAUACAGCGAAAAGUGGGGAAUUGUAAAGCUUCAUGUUGAGGGUCGGUCAGGGAUGCGUUGCUAUUGCUUUGUUUUGUUCAUGAGGCACAGACCAUUCAAGGUUGACAACCCCAUUAUCUGUUUAUUUUUUCUUUUUUUUUUACACUCACUUGCCAUCACUAUCUUUUGGUUGUCUUCUUUAUUUGUCCUUUAGUCUCCUCUUUCCUCCAUAUACUCACUAAUUACACUCCUGCUUCACUGUCAGCCCUACAGCUGAAGGAUAAUCUUAUCUGGAGAGAGCAGCCCCAGUGCACUACUCACAGCCGCCCAGUUGAUUAAAUGUGUAGAGGACGGGGAAGAAGAUUGUGUGUGUGUGUGUGUGUGUGUGUGUGUGUGUGUGUGUGUGUGUGUGUGUGUGUGUGUGUGUGUGUGUGUGUGUGUGUCUGUGUGUGUGCCUUUGCCAUCAUAGGUAAUGAAACUGCAAAGUGAUGGGCAUUUAGCUGUGCCAGCAGUAUGGGAUGUAUAUGUAGUAUGUAUAUCUUUCACUCUGUGCAACAGAUGAAUGUUUAUAAGGGCUGCAGAUAAGUGUAAUCCCAGCUGUAGACCUCAAAGAGCGGAGGGAGCACGUGGCUUUUUCCCUGAACUUUCAAAAGAUUCCUGACGUUAUCUGUGUUGGAGAGGGCACAUAAGUGAAUGCAGUGGACCAUAUUACUUCACUUGGACAUCAAGAAGAUUUAUUUCUGCCAGACCCCUGGUAAAAAGUCAGUACGAACUGUUUUGAGUACAUACGUGAACAGGGUAGGUAUACUGGGAUAUAUACAGGGAUCUCGUGGUACGGAUUAGAUCAACAUUUUACUGUACUUUGGAUCAGCUAAAGAGGAAAAAUACAGGCCUAUAACAUAAUCAGACCCAGCACCUUCCUUCAGACUAAAGUUGGCAAAGGCCCAGCUGGAUUAAAAUAGUGUAUAUUUAACAUGUUUGGAUAUAGCGUUGUGUAGGAGAAACCUCGAGGACAGCAUGCACUCUGUGGAUUGUCACAUAGCACUGGCUGACUGCCAGUUGUGGAUGCAGCAACAGACUGUGUUCAUCAAGGUUUUUCAAUGUGAUUUUGAGCCUGUGCUGUAAUUUUUCCAGAUCACCCUCACCUGUGAAACAUCAUUUUUUCUCAGACAGUUCAACCAAUUAGCCAUAUUUGUAAGAGUAAAACUAGUUAAACAUCUAGAUUCAUGGUUUUUCAAUUUACAUUCGACAUCUAACUGAAUCUCUUAAGGAAAGUGAACCCUGUUGAUAAAAACCAAGGCAGUGAUUAGACUGAAUGGUAAAUUUUCUUUGUAGUUAAUUACACAGUAUGGAUCAGCCAAACUAGGAUUUUUACAAUAAAAGAUGCUGAUAUUCUUAACAGCGAACGAUUCAAUGAUUUUAACAUAACAUCAAUAGUGUAAAGGAUUUUCAAAAACUGCCAAACAGAAGGAUCAUUUUUCUUAUUGAGGCUAUUACAAAGCGUCACGUUGAUUUUAAAGAGGAUUAAAUCUAAUGCAACAAAAAGCUGCCAAUUAAGACUUUUUUACAACACACACUAAAAAUAAAACAGUUAAUUUACAUAGGAACAAAAGACUCCAGUUUGAAAUGUUAGUCGUAGUUUUCCAUGCAGAUAAAAUACUGGAUGGUAUCACACAGAAAAACAGUGAGAGAGAUCAUCUGUCUGUGGACAGAAGAUGACUCCACACUUUCCUCCAUCCAGUUUUGGUUUAUUGCUCCCAUUCAUUUGAUUUGCCUGACCCCCGUCUUUGAUUUACAGACACGCAUUGACCACUAAUCAUAACCACUCUCUCACUUUCUACUUUUCCCUUUCUCCCUCCUUUUUAUUUCUUUCUAUCUGCUUUUUGUCAAAUUCUCAGCUUCUACCCUUCCUAAUCCUCUUUUUUCUGUCCCCUCAACAACACUACUAGCUUUAUUGAUGAGGAAAUAAUACCAAAUCUGCUCUCCACUCCACUUGCCUGAUGGUGCUGCGGCUUUAUUGACUGCACAGAAAUGCUGAGGGAGUCCAGAUAGACCACGUAUUGAUUUAUACAGCUUAAUGCUGCAGUGUUGUUUAUUCAUAUUGCGUUCCUCCACUUCAGCAGUGCAUCAGCCGCCUGUCGACCAGUCUAGACUUCUAAAUCCCUGGAUAUGUGAGCCAUAGUGUUAGUAGUUUUAUUUGUUUGAAUUAAAUAAUUUGCAAGUGUGUUUAAUGAGCCUUCUUAAUGGUUGUGCAAAGUGUUUGUUCUUAUAUAGAGACAGAGACACUUCAUAUUGGCAGAAACAGAUUUGAUUAAAAUGAGCUGAGUGUUUGAAAUUGAACAAAAUAAUUGCUAUUAUGUCAAAUCAAGCUGAGCGUGAUGAUUAUGUCGAGUGUUUUGAAAACAACCUUAUUCACGGUUUAAGUUUCUGAAAAUGCACAUCAGUAAUCUUGUUUAAAAGGGUAUUGUAAAUCUAUUUAAUUGAAAACUGACUUGAUAUAAGUUAAUGUUAAAGUUGUGGGUGGCAAAUACCAAGAGUUUAUGCUACAAUUUCUUCAUUCCAAGCCUCUGACAUUUCACAACAUAUCUCAAAUCUGGUGCAUCCAUCCUGUAAGAAUCUCCAAACAGAAGGUCUCAUGUUCAUUUACAUAUUUUUAUAUGGCAAAGAUUUCUGACUGGUGAUACACUUUACUGUUGAGAGAAAGCAGGAUGGGAUUUUUAAGAUAGAAGUACAAAUAAAUUCUUCUAAGAUACCUGCAGGGCUAAAUUCAUUUAAAAAUGUAGUUUUGUGAAAAUGUAGUUUUAUAUUUCAAGAUUUUGAAUGAAGACUUAAUCUCUGCGACGAAAUUUUGUAACUAGGGUGUUCAAGUUUUCUGUUUUGAGCGAGUUUGCAGGUCCUAUCAAGUUGAUGUAUCUUUAACUUCAACAGUAAUCUGUUGAAGUGCAGUCCACAGUCUGACUGUCGAUUGUCAGGGCACAGUUCAUCUUUCAUGUUGAAUGGUCGAUGAAGGUGAUGUACCAAAAAGGAAGUCUUGACGCAAGGUACUUCAUCCCUAAUGGCAGGCUCCAAACACGACCCCACUUUUUUUUGCUGUUGCUUCCCAAGAGUUAAAGAUAACUGAUGGGAUCUGAUAGGAUCUGUUAUUGACAAAAACAAAUCUUGUUUUUAGGAGGAAAGUUUAGGAUUAAAUUCCAAUAGAAAACCUGUGGUGUUUAAUAAAUAAAUAAAUAAAUAAAUAAAUAAAUAGAAUUUUAGCUAUUUGCAGUUUCUGAAGUGUCCACUUGAGGCUGGGACCGUAAGCCAUAGAAGCCUCAUUGAAACCCAUAUUAAAACACCCCAAAAAAACAGCCUGGUGAAGAGACUAAAUUAGGUCUGAGUAACAUGUUUGUUGAUUUGUUUUGCUCAUUUGUUUUGACGAUAUUAGAGCACAUUGAAGCAUAUUAAAAUGUAUUUUAAUGAAAUUUUGUUAUUGCAAGGUGAAAUGAAUAUAAUGACAGCCAAUAAUAGCCGGCCAACAGAAGAUCCUAAGCCAGCUUCAAAUAGGAUUCACCAUGUUGGAUUGCUAGUGACUAGCAGCAGUUAACUCCAGCUCUGUUAGCGAGCACCGUCUGCAGCUGCCUGGACAGCUACCGUGUUGACAUUGCAGCGACUAAUUAGAGUUAUUUAUGUAACAUGUGCCACGAUAUAAGGCAAAAAUUACCUGUUCAACAAAGACAGGUUCCUGGCAGAGCUUUCUCCACCGCUCGAAGGAUGACCCGAUGUUUAUUCAAGUUAGAUUCCUCGCUUGGUCACAUUUCCUCUUUGACUCUUCCCUUUCUUCUGUCAGCUUGUGUUUUAUUCCCACUUUUGGCGGUGGGGCAAGCAGAAGCGUUUUUUUUGCGUCCUUCUUCAUCACAGCGCCUGUAUCUAAGCUGCUACACUACUUUUAGCCGCUCAGAGCUCCGUGGCUGGGAGAGUGGGAGGGGACGAGUCUGAGGGGUGUGUGGAAUACAGCAAGGUGAUUGGAUGUAGAGGUGGAGCAGGAGAUUGACCAAUAGGGGCUGUCCAGGACGGAUGGCUCCCGUUAGUCAAUGUUUUUGCAGCCCUGCACCUGAUAGGGUGAACAGAUUUUAGCCAUUCCUUUUUCCCUUCACUUUGUGGGUAUCGCACUUUAGGACCAUGAUCGCCAUAUAAACAAGGUUUAUAAUAAUUACCAGUCUCUUCAAUCGUCAACUAUGCCUUUAAGUCAAGUGAGGAUUUUAUUCUUUGGAGUACUUCACCAAUAUUUAAAGCCAAGAGAAACAUGGAUUUUUUCUGAUUUGACAUGGACAAAAGUUCUUAGAGCCAGUCAGAGAGAGCAGCCUUUAAGUCAUUUGUGUGGUGUUUCCAGAGCAUGAAUACCCAGAGGGCAAAGAUGCAGUAAACACUUCUGUUACACAAUUGCCCCAUUGGAAGAAAAUCUUUGGAUCAAUUGCUGUCAUUAUUUACAAUGAUUUGAAAUUGUGGGCUGUGGGUAGAGACACUUCAGCGGUAUACAGUUGUCAAACAUGAUUUCACGCCACUAUUGCAGCAUGGACUUGGAUUGUAUUGGCCUCAACCAGAACCCUAUGAUGAUGGCUGAUGAUGAUGAUGACAACACACUCCAGUUUAUUGUCAUUUAUUAAUGAGACACAAAAAACCAGAGGGCCUUGUCAUCAGACAAAUCGAAUAAAGACGAGGCGAGCCCUGGCCUCUUUGUGCUGUACAGCUCAAUGAUCGAUUGCGUUGGGAAGACUCCAGACAAGAGGCGGAUUGAGGACCACUCCGGUGCUUCCAAGUGAUUGGCUGUUUUUGUUCAACUAGGGGAAAUAACAGGGCUGUUCAACCAGUUAGUACAAGCUUUUAUUUGUUGUUGUACAAACCUCACCAACACAGAGCAGUCUGUUCUGGCUUGUUCACAGUCAAGCACAUUCAUCAGGGUGCCCUCAAACAUUUCAAACAGGCUGAGAAGAUAUAUGCACGUCCUAAGUAUUUUUAGAAAUUGAGGACUGUGUAGGCCAUUGAUGAUUAAGAGGAUGGGAAAGGACAUCUCUUCUCUGGAUGGACAUUAAAUUAGGCUGAUGUCACACUUAACUGCUGCUGUGAUCAUCCAACUUGAGCUGUUAUUACUCUUCAUCAUUUUCCGCAACCUCGACCUUACAGGGCAGCAAAGGACUUCCUUCCUCUCCGUCAUCUUUCUUUUGAUCCCCCUCUCAGUAUGUCCUUAGCCUCAGUUGCUUUCCAUUUACACCCCCUGCCCUCCAUCAUUCUCUAUGUAGCAUGAAGUCGAGGGACACAGAGUAUUUGCAUUAUUUAGGAGCUCUUAACCUGGCAGGCUAGCACUCACUCCAGCCCAGAGGUUUAUUUUUAGAAAUGCUGCCUUUUGCUUUUUUUUUUUCCCUAAGAAAAACAUUGACUUUUAUAUGGAAGCCCGUUUCCGCCAGUCAAAAAAAAAAAAAAAGUCGAAAUUAUGAGAUUUAAAAGUCAUAAUUAUGAGAUAAAAAGUCAAAAUUAUGAGAUAAAAAGUCGAAAUUAUGAGAUUUUAAAGUCAUAAUUAUGAGAUAAAAAGUCGAAAUUAUGAGAUAAAAAGUCAUAAUUAUGAGAUAAAAAGUCGAAAUUAUGAGAUACUUCUUUAACACAACAGUCAAAGUAGCAGCCAUGGAUUGUGAGCACAUUGAAGACUACUUUAAACGUGGAUUUACAACGAAUGAAAUUCUCCAUUUGCUUGCGGAUUUCCAUGGGAUUGUAAUAAGCAAACGCACCUUGGAAAGAAUCUUGAGCAAGAAGCGGCUUUGGCGUAGGAAGAACAAAACUGAUGUGGCUGAGGUGGCAACCUUCAUUGAACAGCAACUGGAAACAUCUGGUCAGUGUCAUGGGUACAGAUGGAUGCACCAAAAAUGUUGGUUAAACGGAAUUGUGACUGACAGAGAAACAGUUCAAAUACUGUUGCAAUUAUUGGAUGGUGAAGGUGUUGACCUGAGGUCAAGAAACAGACUCCGAAGGCGUGUGUACCACAGCUGCGGUCCAAACUAUGUCUGGCACAUUGAUGGCUACGACAAGCUGAAGCCAUUUGGAGUUGCAAUUAGUGGAUGCAUUGAUGGGUUUUCCAGAAAGAUGAUAUGGCUUGAGGCUUACAAAACAAACAAUGACCCAAAGAUCAUAGCUGGCUACUUUAUGGAUGCUGUGAUCAGUGCCGGAGGAUGUCCUGCCAAGCUCAGACUUGAUUUAGGGACAGAAAAUGGGCACAUGGCUGAAAUGCAGCGCUUUUUGCAUUUUUCCGAAAACCGAACUGAAACAGACAGUGUAACCUUUGGUCCAAGCACUGGAAACCAGCGGAUUGAACGAUGGUGGCUGAUCUUACGAAGUGAGUGUGUCCAGUUUUGGAUAGACCUAUUCGACAAACUGAGAGAAGAUGGCUUCUUCUCAGACAACUUCUUGGACAAGUCCCUAAUCCAGUUUUGCUUUCUUCAAACAAUACAGGUAAAUGCCACAUAUAAUAAAGGAUUACCCAUUCAGUACAUACAUUGUUGUGGGUUGAGGCAUUCAAAGUAACUCUGCACCAAAUAAGAGGGCCUAAUUUAACAAUUAUCAUAUGUAAUGAAUGAUAUGACAUAGUUUGAGAGCCUCUUUUUGAUUUCUGGGCUAUUCCACCAUAUUUGAUAGCUGUGAAAAUAUAUUUGCAAUAUUAGUUACACUACAUCAAAUUACAUUUUGGCCUGAAUAAUAACGGUGUCAACCCACCAGAAGACAAAUCUGUAAUAUAUGUAACCAAUAUGUUUAUAUAUGCUAUGACUGAAUGUCAUAUGCCUCCCAGGAAGAACUUAAUGAGGUUGCAUUGACCUGGAACAACCACAGAGUUCGUCAGGUCCACAACUCACGAUCACCUCAUGGACGUCCCUCCAUAUUGCAUGCAGUCCCUCAUCUUUACGGAGGCAGAAAUUGUUUGCAUCAUGUGGACCUGGAGAGGGUUCAAGUCUGCCUGGAAGAGUGUGUGUUCAAGGACUUUCCAUGUGAUGAAGAUGUGUUCCAUGUCUGUGUGGAUUUAAUGUCAGAGUAUGACCUGAAAUUAACAAAUGAUGUGUUUGAAACAGUUAACCUGUAUAUCGAACUCAGACGUCUGAUAAACACUGAACUGGAUCUAGAUCAUUGACUUACCUGGUCCUGUGUCACAAUUUAUAUUUCAUCUGUUUAACUGCAGUACAAAUUGAAACUUAUAUGUGUUUCGACUGUCAAAAUUAUGUUUUAACCUGUGAUGAUAAAAUAAAUGUUAUUUCAGACAAAUCAAAGAGGUACCAAAUAUGUUAAUGUCUUUCUAACAAAAAACACAGUACUAAGUGCUUUGUCAUUCCUGUAUUCACUAUUUCUAAGAAGGAAAUUUCACACAUGUAUUAACUGUUGUUUUAUUUCAUUAAAACAUUUAAAACAUUAACAACAUACCAAACUGCAUGUGCUUUUCCUUUCAGCUGUAAUUUCAUUCAACUUGCUACAGCAGGGAUCCUUUAGGCUUCCAAUGUGGAAUUAAAAAAAGAAAAAGUAACUUGUAACAAGAUUGGAAUACUAUGUAACAUUUACUUGAAACAAGCAAAAAGAAAACCCAAUCUUUUAAAUGACAGCAUUUUAAAUAACACAAGUGCAGUAAUAAUGUUUUAUGAAAACAGAAAUAACUGAAAUAUUCCUGUUGAUAUUAAUGCUUUUAACUUUAGAAUAAUUGUAUAUAAUUACUGCAUAUCAACAUAAUUAUGGCGAGUAAUGAAAAAAAAAUAUCAAACAUAAGUCAGCAGCCCCACUAUAUUUGCAAGAAAAAACAAUACUUAACAAAGCAAGAGGGGCAAAAAACGCAACUAAAAUGUGGACAGCAUGUUAAAGCUGUGACACUCAGUAAGGUUACAAGGGAACAGAAGUAUUUCAUUCAUAAACCCAAGCUGUGAAAAACCUAGUCCUAAAAAGACUACACAUGGACCUCUGAUGGCAGUUCAGUUCCUGUUGGCUAAAAUCUUUGUAUCUUAGGCAAUGUCCAUUACCCACACAUUGCUUUCAAAGACUUUGUUCAUUUCAUGACGAAAAUCUGGGUAGUUGUCAUAACUGACUGGCAACUCCAAGUAACAGCCGCAUGUAUGAGCAAUAGGUCUUCUCUGAAAUCCCUGAACUUGUGUAAAGCUGACAGUGAUGCUCUUUCCUGUAAACAAGUCUGAUCCAGUGCAAAAUCUGAGGAAAGAGGAGAGAUGAUGGGUGUCUGACUCUCUAAGGUACGCACUUAGAUACUUGACAAUUUGUUUCUCCUGGGCAUUCUGGGUACUUGGGUAAGUAAUUGAUUUCAUGAUCUUUCGUGAUGUUGGUUGCAGGUCUUCAUAGAUAGCUGCAAUCCCUUUCAGCUCUGAUCUAACAGGUGCUAGCAUGUUGCUCCACUGUUCAAUCACAAAAGCUGGCUCUUGAAUCAGUUUUUGGUGAGCAAGCUCCCUCAAGAUUUGCUCAAUGUUAUCUGCUGUUGGAAGCCUCCGGCAGUUGUGAAUGUCCAUGAUUUCCAAUAAUUCUUCAUGGUCAACACUUUCAAAAGCUGAACGACAAGAUCCAAAGAUGACUCGCUCAGAUUCUGACACGUACUUGAAAAAGGUAUCUACAAGAUCACUCUCCACAGUGCCCAAAAUAGCUUGCUCCAGAAGUACAGGUGCGAGUUUUACAGGAAGGUACUUCUCUCUUUGCCAGCCAAAUGUGAUUAUUCUGCCUACACUUUCCCAUUCUUCUUUUCCAAAAUCAUGACGUAGGUAUGGCACUUUGAAGGCAUUUCCCAGAGUGCACUGCUCAUAAAAGUCAUUCCAAAAUUCUGACAGAACAUCCCUCAAAACACCUCCAUCAUCCACAGCCUGUUCAAGUUUUCCAUCAGGAAAAAUAACUUUAAAGAAAAUGUCAUCCUCCAUGACACUUUCCUCAGAAAACACUUGAAUAAGUUCUCUAAGAAUCUGACCACGAUGAAGAACAAUAAUUUUCUUCACUCUUUCUCCCUGGCUGGCUUGUUCCUGUAACAUAUCCAUGGAGGGAGUCAUGGUUGACUCAAAAGACAGGUGCUGAGAGAGAGGCAAGGUAUCAUCAAGACUGGAGUACUCCAUCCCAGAGACACUUUCUGUGUGGAAAGUUACAAUGCCACUAUCCUCUAAAGCAUCCACAUGAAGUAAUGUUCCAUGUUCUGGAAAACUAGAUGCAUCUAUUUGGUUAGCUGUGGUAUAAAGAAGGGAAACCCUCUCACUGCUUGCAUUUGCAGAUAUUGUGCUGCUUCCAACAUAAAUGACAUCUGUAGUAUUUUGCUCCACAGCAUCUGUGGCAGAAGUGUCUGAAAAGUAACAAUAGUUACCAGGUUCAUCAUGUGUCUUUUCAACUUGUGCAGUUGUAUCACUAUUCUCCUCACUGGUAAUAUCUCUCUUCUUCGUUUUUAAAUAAAAACGUAAGAGUGGUAACUUUGUCUUGUCAUACAGUUCACCGACUGUGGUAGUGUCCUCUAAUGGAUGUUGCUGAAAAUCAGUUAUAUCAAUCUCAAAAUCAGUCAGGCUUCCCUCUGCAUUUUUUCCACCUGGGAAAAACAACUGACCAGCUUUUUCAAUCAAGCCCUGUUUUUUCGUGUCCUUUGAGACACUCUCUUUCCUGGUUCCCCCUCCCUUUUUGGUGCGUACCUGGACAAAUUCCCCUUCUCUGUAAUGUAGCCAUCCUAGUUCAAUUUUUCUUUCACUUUUCUGAGCAUUCCUUGUAGGGCUCUGAUGCUCUCUCACAGACACCUGAUCACCUUUGUGUCGUGACAGCUUUCCUCUAAGUCGCUCAAAAAUCUUGGACUUUCGAUUGCUUGGUUCUCUUUGCUUUCUUCUGGAGUAUCCAAAAACAGCUAGUCGGUCACCGUAGGAUGGGAGAUACUCUUUUAGCUGGUCAUCUGUCAUGAAGGGUAUGACACUGGAAUCAAUCUAAAAAGAAGAAAUAUUUCAUGAAUUCUUCAGUCAAGUCCAUUAAAUCACAACAAUCAAAAAAAUGUAUACACAGCACCACAUGUUAACUACAAAGCUCUUCCAAACUAUGAAUUUUUUAGUGUUAGUGUGAUUUGUACAAGAACCUAUGUUAACUACCUUCUCCUGUUCCAUUCGCUGUAUGUUUUCCUCAGGCACAUGGCGUGACCUUAAGUAGUCACUUAGCUCAUCCAUCUUGUUACAGAUAGAAAACCUCUGUUGAAUAAAAUAAGAAUUAAAAUGUGAAAUCAAAAAAACAUAAUACAUAUUUAGUUGAUUUCAGAGAAUCUAUUUGUUUGCAAUUUUGAUAUUCAAGCAAUGUUCAUGUUUAAAUCCACUCUGUUCCAAGAAGAAAGGGAUAAUUACUUUACUUUAUAAAGUGUUAUCUUUCUAUUAAUAUCUUGAUUAAGUCUCUUGGUUUUCUGAUUUAGAAAAGCUGUCCUCUGAUAUUAUCACAAAUUAAUUACUUUUUAUCUGAUUAUCUAGUAGACCUAACAUCUUGUUACAUCCUCACUAUACAGUUCUCUAUUUUCAGGUCGCAUAUUUUGACUUAUUAUAACAGUCUCACUGGCUUUUCCAUCUUUCAUGCACAUAAGUUACCCAUUAGACAGAAAUUUUUUGCCAGACGUUAACUAAACCCGGUCACUGAGACAAACAGUCACUAAUGGAAGUCGUGCAUUUAUACAGUAAGGUAUUUGCAUACUGUUUUUAUAGCAAUCUUUCUGCUGUCAUGCCAUUAACAGCAAAAACACACGACCAGUACGACCAAAAUGUUCCUUUAAAAACGUGAGGAAUAGACGGGUAGUGACGUGCAGUUCAUCAUGCUAGCUGUUGCACCGAGGAUACAAUACAGGUGCUCCACAGUCCUAUGGCAUUAGCAUCGUUUCUCAGAAUCGUUAGCUAAACUGGAAAAUGACAACUCAGUGCACAGUGUACAAUUUUCGCAUGACUUUUCAACAUGCUGGAGAACACAGCGUUACAUGCAAAACUAGCUCUGAUAACACUUACCAACUCUUAACAAAGACCUUUGUGGAGACUUUUGUAGCCGACUCUAAGUAACAUGAUGCAACUCACAGGUAGAAAGUACGGACACUGUUCCUGUCUCAGUGUCACCAUCUAGUGGCAUAAACGUGACUUCAAAACGAUGAUUCUCUUACAGCUGAAAGAUAUUGUCAAAAUAACGUUGUAAUUUGUUUAGGAGCACGGACGGACUGAUUGAAUGAAUAGUAAUAUCUAAUAUCUAUCAAAGACACCUAUAAUACUUACCUAAUUUACUGACGAGUAUCGUUUGCAUGGUGCGUCCAGUGAGGUGAAGUGAGACCUUGAAGACGGCGCCAUAAAACAUGCGCACUUACUAUCUCAUAAUUUCGACUUUUUAUCUCAUAAUUUCGACUUUUUAUCUCAUAAUUUCGACUUUUUAUCUCAUAAUUAUGACUUUAAAAUCUCAUAAUUUCGACUUUUUAUCUCAUAAUUAUGACUUUUUAUCUCAUAAUUUCGACUUUUUAUCUCAUAAUUAUGACUUUUUUUUUUUUUUUGACUGGCGGAAACGGGCUUCCAUAUUUUUAUGUAUGGCGCUGAUGAAGCUGCAGAGAAAGAGAGCUGAAGAAAGCAUGAUGCAAAAAGUAUGCGUUAUGCAAUUUGUUCUGGCUGCUCUGGAAUGCUAAGAGAAUAAGAGUGGUAAUGUAUAACUUCAGCUCAUGUAUGCAUUAAUAAAUGAAUACUCAAGUGGGCAGAGGGCUUUUUUUCCAUUUUCAGCUGUGGAUUGCAUAUGAUUUCUCAUUCCACUCCACCAUUUUAAGAUACAUUUGUGCAUUUUUAAAGCUUGUACAAAUUCAGUGCUAAUCUGUUUGACAUUCCCACUGAUUAAUUUAUUGUGACUGACUCAAACAUGUUCCAAAAUUAGACUUGCUGCUAUCUGACUAAACAGCUCAGUAGCCCAAGACUUAUCACUUAAACAUCAACAGAUUUAAUAUUUGUUAAAUAAGUAGACAAAAGCAGCAAUAAGUAUGGGUUUGUCAUUCAUUUUAGCAUCGCAGAACUGGCAGCAGCACAAAAUUUCCAGCAAGUGUUCUGCAGGUGUCUACAAUGUCCUCUCAGUUGAUGCAUUUCAUAAUCUUUCAAUGUGACAGACUUUCGCUACACUGCACUUACUGAACUUUUCCUGAACGUAGAGGUGGCUGGUUGAUUCCGCUCCACUGCUACUUACGUAAAUUUUGGACAUUAUAAGUCAGACGUGCCUAGAAUAUAUAAUGUAUAUUUAAUGGAUGUCUACUGAUAUUGACAUUGAAAAGAGUAGCCUUUUUUUGUUCUUGAUACUUCCAUGAAGUGAACUAACCAUUCCCUUUCCAUGCAUUCAGCAUCUUUUCGUUCAUUAUUUUAUGGGCCCUUUGCAGAGAAAAAGUGUGAAUAAAAUGACCAAACCUAAAUAAAAAAAAGAGAAUCAAAGAUAAAAGUAUAAUAAUUAUUACCUUCACUAAUGUAAAUUAAAAGGUAUCUACACUCUGGUGGAGUUCUGAGAUCUAAGUUGUAAUUAUAAGGUCAAAAUUGUAAUUCUGAGAAUAAAGUUAGAACUCAGAGAUAGAAGUUGAAAUUCUGAGAUCAAAAUUGGAAAUUUGCGAUUGAUAUUGGAAUUCUGAGAUCAAAGUUGGAAUUCUGAGAUUAAAGUUGGAAUUCUCAGAAUAAAGUCAGAACUCAGAGAUUAAAGUUGAAAUUCUGAGAUCAAAGUCAGAACUUUGAGCUUAAAGUAGAGAUUCUGAGAUAAAGUUAAAAACUCUAAGAAGUUCAGAUGAUUACAAUCUUAUCCAAGAUCACAGUUGCACAUAAAUUCGUGAGAUUAGAGGUGUGGCUGAGUUGACAGGGUUUCAGGUGCAUUGCAUGAGGAGGGUUAGGGUUAGGAUAAAUGCCCGUCCCAGCAUACCUGUGUGUAGGUUUAUCCACAGUUAGGUUGAUUAGCACUUCCAAAAUGGCAAUCAGCUGAAUUGUGUCAUUUUUUUCAGCACACCAAAACCCAAACAAAAAUGUAAUAUACUUGAAUCAUGUAUAUACACUCACCGGCCACUUUAUUAGGUACACCAUGCUAGUAACGGGUUGGACCCCCUUUUGCCUUCAGAACUGCCUCAAUUCUUCGUGGCAUAGAUUCAACAAGGUGCUGGAAGCAUUCCUCAGAGAGCUUGGUCCAUAUUGACAUGAUGGCAUCACACAGUUGCCGCAGAUUUGUCGGCUGCACAUCCGUGAUGCGAAUCUCCCGUUCCACCACAUCCCAAAGAUGCUCUAUUGGAUUGAGAUCUGGUGACUGUGGAGGCCAUUUGAGUACAGUGAACUCAUUGUCAUGUUCAAGAAACCAGUCUGAGAUGAUUCCAGCUUUAUGACAUGGCGCAUUAUCCUGCUGAAAGUAGCCAUCAGAAGUUGGGUACAUUGUGGUCAUAAAGGGAUGGACAUGGUCAGCAACAAUACUCAGGUAGGCUGUGGCGUUGCAACGAUGCUCAAUUGGUACCAAGGGGCCCAAAGAGUGCCAAGAAAAUAUUCCCCACACCAUGACACCACCACCCCCAGCCUGAACCGUUGAUACAAGGCAGGAUGGAUCCAUGCUUUCAUGUUGUUGACGCCAAAUUCUGACCCUACCAUCCGAAUGUCGCAGCAGAAAUCGAGACUCAUCAGACCAGGCAACGUUUUUCCAAUCUUCUAUUGUCCAAUUUCGAUGAGCUUGUGCAAAUUGUAGCCUCAGUUUCCUGUUCUUAGCUGAAAGGAGUGGCACCCGGCGUGGUCUUCUGCUGCUGUAGCCCAUCUGCCUCAAAGUUCGACGUACUGUGCAUUCAGAGAUGCUCUUCUGCCUACCUUGGUUGUAACGGGUGGUUAUUUGAGUCACUGUUGCCUUUCUAUCAGCUCGAACCAGUCUGGCCAUUCUCCUCUGACCUCUGGCAUCAACAAGGCAUUUCCGCCCACAGAACUGCCGCUCACUGGAUAUUUUUUCUUUUUUGGACCAUUCUCUGUAAACCCUAGAGAUGGUUGUGCGGGAAAAUCCCAGUAGAUCAGCAGUUUCUGAAAUACUCAGACCAGCCCUUCUGGCACCAACAACCAUGCCACGUUCAAAGUCACUCAAAUCACCUUUCUUCCCCAUACUGAUGCUCGGUUUGAACUGCAGGAGAUUGUCUUGACCAUGUCUACAUGCCUAAAUGCACUAAGUUGCCGCCAUGUGAUUGGCUGAUUAGAAAUUAAGUGUUAACGAGCAGUUGGACAGGUGUACCUAAUAAAGUGGCCGGUGAGUGUAUAUAUAUAUAUAUAUAUAUAUAUAUAUAUAUAUAUAUAUAAAAAGUACAGAUGCCCUUACUGUAUAAAACCCAAUUAAGCUAGCAUGUCUUUUAGCCACUUGGUUUGCAUCCCUCCACUUGGCCUGGUCAAAUAAUGGCUUAAAGCCUUCACACAGAUGUUUCUCUUAUUCUAGCAGGCACCUGUAACAGAAGUGUCGUACCUCCAUAGAUUUGGCUGACUUCGUGCUGACACAGAUUUGAAAUCCCACCCCUGGGAGCUAAUUCUUGAUGAGCAACCCCCAUUUUUUUCACUCUGACAGCAUUUCACAGCUUAGCUAGCAACCGUGACAGGUAAAGGUCAUGUGGAGAGGCAGUUUGGAGUCCUGGGGAAUAGGGAUGAUUUGACUCUCCUCAUUAGCUGUGCCCUGCUCUCACACAAGAGAUUUCUUACUCAAACAAAGGCGCAUUUGUGGAGGAGAGCUCUUCGGCAGUUGUUUGCAGUCUUUUAUUUUACUGUAGGAUCAUAAGCGGCAUAGUUGAUCAUCAAAUCAUUCAUUGUCUUCUGUUUGCGGCUAAUUUUUCAACACCUUCUUAAUGUUCCACUCACUUUAGACUGUCAAAAGUUUCCAGUUUUCUCGAUAUUUUGUAGCAGAUUUCAUUUCUGCUCCUCCUCAAGUCGCCCUCCUUUCAUUCUCCUCAGCCUCACUCACACUCACAUCUACUUUUUUUCUCUGUGAAAUAAUUCGUUCAUUUCAUUUCUCUUCCCUUUGUGGGUCUUUUGUUGCAGACAGAAGCUUUUGAUUCAGUUUAUGAAGAUUAAAAGCAGAGAGAAGUACUUUUGUCAUUUGGCCAAUCCAAAAUUUCUUGCUUGAAUGAGAAGAACAUGCUGUGGGGCAUUGGGAAAUAAAAGCUGUAAUUGCAUGGCUGAAGUAUUUAAUUAGCUCAAUGUAGUGUAUGUAGGAAAACCACAGAGUUGUGUUAAUCAGAAAAAUUAGCUGCUGAUUCGGACUGCUCCUUUAUGUCUGGCCUCUGACUGAAGAACUGCUGCAGAGGCUCGCACAGCUUUGCUUGCUUUUCUGAUUGUUUCUCGAUAUAAUCAGAAGAAUAUAACAAUAUAUAUGAGAUUUUCCUCUGAUUUCUCUUGAAUUUGCGCUUAAGGAAGUCUAAUGCAAGUCAUAUGAACUUGAUCUUAAACUGCAGACUUGUUUGUACUUAAAGGGCAGUAAAGUAGCAGGGAAAUGCUUAAAUUGAAGUUCCAAUAGAUUGUGCUGGUCCUUAAAUAAAAAAAACAAACUUAUUAGUUCUGAAACUGUGAGGAAACAGUACUUAGUGUGGCAACUAGAGUGCUGUCUGACCCUUGUCAUUUUGUCUCUACAGAGUAUGUGCUGCUACCUUCUGGUAGACAUUACAGUGCUUGCCGUUGUAUAAGCAAUCGCUUUUAAAACUCUUUCCUCCCCACUUCAAUCGUUCUAUUGAACAAUCGACACAUAGUUCAUAACUCUUAGUGUGAGGGAGAUCUUGACCGCUGUCAUUUGUUUAUUUAUUUAGUCGCUAUGAAUCAUCUUGUUUUCUUUGUACUUUUAUAUUUUUAUUUUGUACUUUUAAAUUUUCUACUACUAUUUUACAUUGUAUUUGUACUUACAAUAUACUUCUGUGUAAAUCGAAGGGCCUGGGUUGUCUGUCUACCUAUUAUGUUUGUACAAAUGCUACAAUUGUGUGUUGUCUGUCUGUGUUUUUAAAUGUUUGAAGUGCACUUUUGCCCAAGACAAAUUUCCCCUUGUGGGACAAUAAAGUAUAUUUUAUCCUAUUUAUCUUAUCUUAGGUACCGCUGGAAGUAAAACACAAAUGGGCUAAUUUGUUUGAUUAAAUUUGUAGCCUCUGUAGUGAGUAUAAACCCAGUUAUCUGGGGAUAUCAGUCUGUCAGGGACGGCUGUAAUCAGAGACGCUGCUCUGUGAUAUAAAAAGAAAAAAAAACAUCACACCAGAUGGCGUGAAAUAAGAAGGUUUUCUCUCAAAUCUAAGGGAAAAAGACUUUGAGAGAUCAAGUAUUUAAACUUACUGUGCCUAUCUAUGUGUGUUUUUCUUCUCUAGUACCGGGUUGGCCAGCUGUACAUGAUCAGUAAACACAGUCACGAGCAGAGUGAUCGAGGGGAGGGAGUAGAGGUUGUCCAGAAUGAACCCUUUGAAGACCCAAUACACGGACAAGGACAGUUCACAGAGAAACGAGUCUACCUCAACAGGUCUGUAUCUCAUUAAUAUUCAUUGUGUCGUCAUGCUUAAUAAUUAUGUACAUGAGGAGCAGUAUUAAGCUCUGCAUAGCUUUAAAAAGCCUGUUUCACCUUGUUGUUAAUCAUCUGUUGGUUUGUGUUUCUCUGUGUUUUUAAAGCAUACACAAAUGUAUUCAUUACUCCAUAUCAGAAAACCAAACACCAGUAACCGAAAUAGAUAAAUAUGCAUUUACAUUUUGCUGUAUGUAGUACAUGCUGAAUGCAGAUGCUCUGUAAUGUGAUGCAUACAGUAGUUGCUGUUACUGUAACUGCAUGGCUGUGAUUUGUGGCUUUAUUAAUGUUAUUUUCAUGCAUAUUAUUUUAGCUGAGAAUCAAAACUACCCACAAAAAACGCUGUCAUAUCAUCAUUACUGAAUUUUAAACUGAAACUCCGACCGUAACCUGGACCAGGUUCGCACUGCUAAGUAUGCUAAGAUGGUGAUCUGAUGAGGUUAAAAGAGAUGUCAGAAUCAACAGACCUUAAAACUGGCUUUUGCAGUUUACCAACUCAACUUUUAAUUUAGACCUUUUUUUGCAAUUUUGCUGCAGUUAGUUGAAUUUCUGAUGCCAAAGAGAACAAUUCAUUUUUAUAUUGAGAAAUUCGACUCAAACAUGAAUGUGUCUUGGCUUAUAACUCUGUCUCAGAGCACACGGUGGUCAUAGACUUUCACUGCCUUCUCAAUGAAUUAGAUCUGAAUUUUCACACAUUCAGUAAGUAGAUUUUUGUCAGUACUCUUUUGAUCCUCGUACUGUUUUUAACAUCACAUUUCAGCUUUACUUAGGCUUACUAGAGCAUUAUAACCAUAGUAUAAAACCCAAAAACACAGAUGUCUGUGCUCAUCACACAAAGCAAUGCACAUCUUUUAGGAUGCUUAUUGCAAUAAUUACACAUGUAUUUCAUGAGGGUUUUUUAUUUUUUAUUUUAAAUGCCGGAUCUUUGCAUCAACUUUAUGUUUAAUCAGCAGCACUUAAAUAUUGGCUUAAAUAAAUAUUGUUGCUUUUGGUCCAUUUGAUCCACUUUUUUGGUCUUCCUUCAUACAAAUAAAAAAAUUGCAAAUCAGAACUUUUUCUUUUGUUAAUCAAGAACAUCAGGGUAUUUAUUUUUAAUGAGGGUUGAGGUUCAAAUAAUGAAUUGUAAAUGUAAAUCUGCUUGCUUACAGACAGCUGCUUGACAAGGCUUGCACAUACCCAACCACUCACAAAUUCAUGAGCACACACGCAUACACACUAGCUAUCCUCUGCAAGGUAUGACUAGCAGCUUUAUUCAUCACUUUUGUCACCUUGCUCUGGUGCGUCUCACUGCACCCGAUGAGUAGACAGAUACAGUGUAUGGUUUUUCUUCAUGCAAAUGUGUUUGAGACUCUUUCAGUUUUCUUAGAAUAAGAUGUAACAGUGAGAGAGAUCAAGAAUAUUUAGAGGAAAGAAAGGAAAACAAAUAAUUAUCAUGGAUAGAAAGAAAAACAAAGAGCGAGAGUGUAGAACGAGGGGUUAGAGAUGCUUUUGGCACAAGUACCUGUGUCAGCGUUCGUUAUGCUUGGGAACUAAUUAUGCUGAGUCAGCGCUGCUCUGUUCCUCAGGGGAGAGAGGAGGAAAAACUGGCAGCGAGGGGAAUAGAGGGGCUUUCAUUCAUGGAUUACAUGCAACUGUCUUUGUGUUUGAUUUAAAAAAAAAAUCCUGAUAACUGUAAUUAAUUAACAAUUGGUUUAAUUGAUAUGAAUACCUGCAGAUUAUUGCAGUUUUUUAUUUCUUAAUUUUCUUCAAGCUUCGAGUUAUCUUCAUAGCAAAAAUGGAUUAAAGAGGAGAACAGGGCCAGGAUUAAAAACCAUAAUCUGGUCUCUGUAGUUGCUGUGGUCAUUCUCUUACUGUGAAGAUGGUGUGUUUACUUGUAAAGUGUUCAUUUUAAACAGGUAAAAACAAGAGGAGGGAGAUUGGAGGGGGGUCAGAUCAUGUUGAUCACCACCUAAAUGGAGAGGCUCUAUAAUGUGAUGCACACAGUGUGUGCUAUUGUAACAGCAGGCUGUGUUACGUGGCAUUCGUGUUUGAUUUAGAUUUCAAAUGUUUGUUUAGCCGAGGAUAUAAACUGGCUCUAGAGAACAAUAGCGUGUAAAUAGUGAUAGGAUGGUGUUUCUCAGCCUGUUGAAACCUGGAAGCGUGAACAUGACCUGGUCUUGAUCAGGUUAGCUUUGUGAAGUGAGUCAGGGUAUAAAGACAUGGCUCCAUUUUACUGAACGCUCUGACCUCAAAAUCAACAGACCCAAUUCUUUCCAUUAAAUCUUGCUUUGUAGUACACCAGUCUGUUCCUCAUGGAAGCAGAGGUGGACGCUGACACGACUACUAUGUGUUUUCAGAGGUUAUGUGCUUACUAACACUCUGUGAAUGUGGCUGCAGUGACUGCUUACCGUGAUGUCUAAAGGUGCUUACACACCGGCGAAUUUGCGUAGCGAAGCGAAAAAGCGAGACGAAAAUUGCGAAUAUUCGCCGGUCCGAAAAAUCGCUUUCGCCUAUACACACCGGCCGCGAAGCGAAUAUGCGUAUAUUUUUUGCAAAGCGAAUUAAUAAAGUCGCUUUUAGGCACGGACAUGACACAUGACAUCUGUCUCCUAAGGAAGACAAGAGAGUGUCAUCUUGUGAGAAAACUACUUCAUUAGUUAUUCGAAAGAGUUUUGGAUGCACCUCAGCUGUCUUCAUCUGCGUUUUCAUAAUGUCAAACUUCUCCCUCUCCUCCAGCCGUAUGGGUCUGUGAUGUCAUCAACAACAUGACUUUUGAUUGGCCAGAGGUCUAGCAGGUCCAGAUAUUCGCCUGCGAAUAUCCGAAAAAUUCGACACAAGAGUGAAAAAAUAAAAGCGGCUUUUCGCCCCACAGAAAAAUCGCCGCCGGUGUGGAAGCUUGCAUUGACUUUAUGCUGUUUUAAAAAAAGGCGAAUAAUUCGCUUGGCGAAUUCUCGCCUGGUGUGUAAGGACCUUUAGUCUCACCCUCUAAUACAGAGAGAUUGUUGAGUAGGAAACAAACGAUCUUGGCUGUCUCAGUGAUCCUACAGUGGCUGUAGAUGCUCUCAUCUAAAGGAGAUCAAUCUGAAUUAUUAAUUUUAAAUCUCUCUUUUUUAAAUGCAAGUUCAGUGUAUUUACAACAGCCCGUAACGGUGCUGGGAAUAUAAAGACAGAAGCGAAAAUAAACUCUGAGCUGCCGAGUCUAGCAACAGACAAAACAUCAAACUUUACUGAGAGGCUCAAAAAGUAGACAUCAUUUUUUUGAGGAUAAUCUAAGUAAUGCAUUGCUAGUGCUAGCUCAAGUGGUUCAUUUUACAUACAAACAUUCAGAUCCUGAGUAAAGGAAAUAAAAAGCUAGUUGACUUUAGUGUAGAUUUCUCUCCAGGCAGAAAGCCAAACUUAAGAUGUUGAUGCUGAAUUAUACAUGAAAAGACGACAUGGAUGUAUCUGCACUGUGAAGUAAAAGCUCCCAGUAAAGAGAAAAAGGAGGUAAAUGGAGGAACAACUUCAGUCAUCUUUAGCACAUUUCAUACAAAUGCACACCCAAUGUGAUUUACAGGAGAUACAAGAGAACAAAAAAUCUGAUUAUGUAUAAAAACAACAAACACAUUCAUGAAAUAACAUUGCACCAACCUAUAUAUCUCAAACACGCAUAAGGCAAACACACAGGGCCUCAGAUCAUGGGGUAGCUUAUUCCAUAGCAUAGCGCCUUAGCGACUGAAUGCACCAUCAUCUGUUUAACCUUAGGUACACUCAGGAGGCCCCUUACCUGAUAAUCUGAGGGAUCUGAUUGGAUUAUAGUCAAUGAGCAGGUCCAAAAGACAUAGAGAUGCCAUACCAUUAAGAGCUUUGUAAACUAGAAGUAGUGUUUUAAUUCUAUUCUGCCAAUGAAGAUUUUUCAGUAUGGGUGCAGCAUCUGCAGCAUAGGUCACUGAACCAAGUAGGUUUAAUUUUUAUACAUUUCAUCAUGCAAAUCAUACUUAGAUGAUCUAUCAAGACCUUUUUUUAACAUUUGCAACAACAGUUCUGCCUCAGUCAACUGGCCAUCCAUCUGGCUCUAUAACAACUAAACCUUUAGCUCUGAUUUACCAGCAGGAGAGCCAAUCUGGACCCAUUCGGUUGUGCUUCAACCGUCCCAUUAACUCACACAAUCUGCCUGCACUGUAUACCACUAUCUGGCCUCAUCCCAUUGGGACCGAACACCAAUUCUUCACACAUGUCCAGUCAAGCAAUGAUGGGCUGCUUCAUUUUAUUGGUUGAAUUUACAGUUUCCUGCCUUGGUAUACUGACAGAACUAGGUUUUAUUUUUUAUGUUUCUAAAUACAAACACUUACUUUGACAUGAAAACUCGAACAGCCACCCACUGCAAUAACAUGCUUGGCAACCAUAGCCCCCAGCACACCAGUAUUUGGCAAAGUCUUCUAAAAGACCAGGGAGGGAGUGGGAGAAAUCAACAGAUGGGGAUGUAGGAGGAGGAGGAGUGUCAGUCUCUUUUGUUGGGAUAGAGAGAACGAGAGAGAGCGGGAAGAGAGAGAGAGAGUGGAGAGAGGGAAAACAAGCCUGCCAACAUUCGCACAAUGUGACUGUCGGGGGCUGCUUUUAUUCACUACCAUCACGAUGCAGUGGGCACCAUUUUUGUCCCUAAGAAAUUUGUUUUCAACGUCAAUCAUAUGAUUCAUAAAUGAUAGAUAGCUUCCUGAAAGGCUGUAUGCCAAGGUGUGUGACAAAUCUCUUUAAAAAAAGUUUUCUUUUUUCUAAACAGCUUAAAUUAGAGUCUGAGAGGUGAUCAAGUUCAAGACCACGGGAUACACUCACUCAUAUAGUCCUCUGAGAGCUCCACUGGCAGAAUAUUAAACCUUCAUGAGCAGUGAACACAUAGCGGAUGAUGGAAACUAUUCAGGAUGCCAGAGAAGACUAUUUUCCAAAUCCAGGGAUGCAACUGAAACAAACGCUCACAUUUCAGUAAAAAUAUUCAUCGGUUUUCUUCAUUAAAAUCUUAUUUGUUAUUCUUAAUUAAAAACUACUUCCUUCAAAACGUUUCUUCAGUAACAGGCAGCUUGGUUCAGUCACAAGGUGAAAAUUUUGUCCUACUUUUGCGUCAAAGCUUAGUUAUAUCUACAUUGUUCAAUUUCUAAAGGUUGACUAAAACAAGUUAAUGAGUGUUAAGAGGAUAUGUUCACUUUGGGUGGAGAUUUAAACUUAGCAAAUAUUUUUCUGAAUAACUGUCAACGUUUGACAUUUUCUUUUUGGACUGCAAAACAUCAGUUUCUCUUUCUAUCAACAUUUAACACAGUGUCCUGUGAAAUCAGGGUUGUUCUUUGUGCCACAUAUUUUUUUGCCACAAUGUCAUCAUCAAACAUCGUGCAGAAGAAACGGCUGUUUUGGAAAUCUUCACUGCCAAAUAUUUUAAUAAGAUUUAUGUUGAAUGUUGAAAAUAAACAAGGCUGAGAUUUUUUAUCUAUCAGGAAACAAUAUUUACACACUAAAACCAACAGCAAAAGUUCCUCAUUGGAGCUUUAAAGUUGUCAGAGUUAUGUCAGGCUAAUUGUUUUGUUGUUUUUUAAGCCGUUUACAUUCAGGAUAAUUAAAGAAAAACUGAACGGUCAAUUAUUGUUGUGAUUACAAUGCCAUUUUCUAACUAAUAAACAUAAAUGAAACAGAGCUAACUAGGGGAAAAUUAUAGUGCAGUUCUUGUCUAUACUUCAUUACCAUUUUAGAUACCCUUGAGCAAUGCACUCCACCCCCUUACCACAACAAUGGAGCUCUUGAGCGUCCUGUAUUAUAAUGAAGUUUAUGUUUUUAUGUUGGUUUAUGAGUCUGUAUUCCUGCAUAGUUAAAAGAACAUUGUGUAAUGUGGAAAGAUGUGUUUGGGCUCCUGUAGUGUUUCCUUUCUCCCCCUCAGUCUCAGCGUUUCAUAUCAGAUCAGAUUUCCCUUUCUGAACAAGUUUUUGCAGAUCGCCUCAAUUACAGGAGCGAUUUCACCCUUUCUCGUCUCAUAUGUCUCUGUCUGUUUCGCUGUCUCUCUGCAGUAAAUUACCCAGCUGGGCUCGAGCAGUGGUUCCCAAAAUCUUCUACGUGACGGAGAAAGCAUGGAACUAUUACCCUUACACCAUAACAGGUGAGAUUAGAUGGCCUUAGUGCCUACCACUGGCACACAUGCUCACUACCUAGAUCACAUCAAAUCCAAUUAGCUGCUGUAGCAGAGGGAGCUCUAUUAUACCCCCCCACCUUUCCAACUGUGUAGGAGCACAGCCAGUCGCUCAGAGCCAACAAUAGCUCAGUCUCCAAUGAUGUUGAGCCACAGUCUCUGUUUAAAGUUCAGGUCUUCUUCGCUGGUUUUCAGACUCUUCUGUCAACACAUAGAUUACCCAGCACUUAACACUGUGUACAGACGCUUUACUCAGUGGAGGUUUGGUAACAUUAACCUGUACACCUAUUGGUAACCAAUAAGCAGCUUGGUUGUGAUUGAUCUCUGGUCGUCAGUCAUACCAUCGCAGCUGUUUUGAGUAACCGUGACAUAUACUGACACAUAAACAACAUUUAUGAACAUGUUUACAGCGAAGCAAAUGCUUUUCAUCCACACUGACUGUCAAUGAGUGCAUCUGUGAAAGAAGCCUGGCUUAAUAUAUUGCUGACUUUACAAGCACAUGGUAAGACUGAGUCCACUGAUCAGAGCCAAACAGUCUGUGUUGUUUUAAUGAUAGGAGUUCAAGACAGAAGAGUAACAAGCUCUGGGAUGUACAGGGGAGGUAGUUUCUUUCUCAUGAGGGCAAAUUAGAGUAUAGAGAAGAAAGCCACUGAGGAGAGGACAGACUGUGAGACCCCGAAUGUCCUGUAAUGCUGUAAAAUAUUUGAGUGGGCUUUGUCACUAACUGUGUUUUCUCUUUGUUCCUGCUCUGACCUGAUGUCUGUGACACUUCACGCUACAUCUGUAGAAUACACAGUAAGUAUCCUCAUGACUUGGUUUAUUUGCUUUUUUUGACAAAACAUCCAUCAUAUUGUAGAAGAGGUGAGAUGUGAAAAGCCAGAGUAAAGCUGCGUAGCUUUGGGUUUACCAUAAAGUUAAUCAGUUAAAUUCAAUACAGCAAACUGAGGCUGCUGGUCUCUGAGUGAAAGUGUAAACCCUGUCUACUAUAGUUGGUAAAUGAUGGGUGAGUUAGGACACAGCAGCCUUUCAGAGUUUGGACAUGAUGGCAGGAGAAGUUAUUAAAUGAGUGUAAAUAAAGUUUAAUCAAAGUUAAAGGUGGGGUAGGCAGGAUUCUGUUAAAGAAGCGUUUUUAUGUUAUGUUAUGUGUAGUCAACAUUUUACAUUUUUUGAGCGGCCCGCUCUUUCUGACCAAAGACAGAGCCAUCUCCGCCUCCCUCGACCUGAUUGGUUGUGAGGCAGACGCUGCUCCCUCGUGUUGUGAGGCACGCUCCACAUCCUCGAAUAAUGUUCAUGAGCCCAAACAAUGUUAGCGUGCUACAACAUCGGACAAUAGAAACUAACCAGAAAGUACGGAAAACACAAGACUCUGGCGGAAUAAUGGGCACUUAAAACGGAGGAAGACCGGACAAGAGCUAAGAAGCCAGGUCAACACCAGCAUAAAAAAUGGGGGAUGCUUCGGGAUCUUACGGACCCUGUGACCUUUCUGCUGGACAAGUGAACCGUUUUAACAAAAUAAGCCAAGUGUCUGUAACAGAAGUGUUUCUUGUCAAACGGGACCUGCUGCGUGUUGUAGUGCCGCUAAACUGUUUACCUCGGGUCCUGGACUAUGUCACUUUGUCCUAGUUGUAGGAGUCCUGCAAAUUUUGUGUUUGCUGGUAGUCUGUUGGCAUCUACAGUAGCACCAAUGCUUUUUACUUUCAUGUUUAAUGGGCCCCAUUUGUAAUUAUCUAAAGUAUUUAACUGCAUGAUAUCUGAAUUUAGUUGAAACGAUAUGAGCGAACAGGAGCAUCUAUUUGUGGGCGGGGCUUGCUGGAGCAGAGAGGGAGGGGAGAGGAGGAGCUGGGGGGGGAACUGGUUUGAAGUAGAAGUGUUUACAUUCAAGAUUUCUCCCAAAAACGGGCACUUCCUCAGAUUCUGCCUACCCCACCUUUAAUGGAUCGAUUUUUGGCAAACUGUAAUCUCAGUAUAAACAAAUCUUACCUCGUAGGAAAACAUUUAUCUGUGGACAAAUUUCGGUUUCUUUGAACCUGGGACAUUGAUGUAACAAAUAAAGACUUCUUUGUGUCUUUGGCCUUCAAUAACUACUCAGAAAAUGUCAUGUGCCUUCUUACAUACUCAUACUUCAUACUCUAAUGUAUCUUUGUACAGAGGGGUUAUUGAAGAUUUCGCUUUCAAAAAAGAUACAUCAAGAGAUACAAAACAUAUUUGUUGUUUACUUUUAUUGCUAAUUCACAGAAAAGGUUACCCCUUGAAAAUUAGCUGACGCAUUUCUAAGACACGUGUAUAUCAGCAAGUGUAGCUGUCAGGCUUGUGUCGCACAAAGUGACACAUGUCGGCAGCACAAGUCUCUUGGCUUCUAGGCUGUGGAGAAGAGAGAGUAGAAGAAAGACAACAAAACACCGUUAUUGUGUAGGAGUGCUUUGUGUUUUUGCAUUAAUCAGUGUAAAUGGGCCCAUCCCGGGAUGACAUUUUAUGUAAAAGACUCACAAUAGCCUCAAGAAUUUUCCUUGCUUUUGUCAAAUUUGACAAGCAGAUAAAAGUCCAAGUGCGUCAUCACCGAAGCUCUGUUUAAUUUUGAACCAUGCGGUGAGGACACCCACUGGAACAAAGUGACAGAAACAUCAAGCUGCGGCGCUGACAGCAAAUGCUAACUCUGUACUCUGAAUGUCUUUGUCUUUUACACACACCUGUUGAAAGACCUUACAGUUUUCCUUGAACGAGAGUCAGGACAAAAAUGUCAAUGAAGUAAUCCCUUUGUCUGUAAUAUUCACUGGUUAGGUGCUCUCUGUAUGACAUACUAGUUACUAGUUAGCACUUGUAUUUUGUAUUUUGCUGUAAAUUGACAAUACCCCACACACACAUAUGUACACCAGGGCAAACUCUAAUGCGUCUCAUCCAUUCGUUUUUGUUUGUUUGUUUUUUUCCUGUAUCCACAGUGCUCAUUCCUGCCCAAGUUCUCCAUCCACAUAGAGACCAAAUACGAGGACAACAAAGGUUGCAAUGACAAUGUGAGUAUGAGUGGAGCUUUGGGGAUUCGAGCAAGUCUGUUUCUGUAGCUGUGUUUGCGUAGCUAUGUUUGAACAGGAUGAAAAUGCCUCAUGUAGCAACCUUAAUAGAAAAAUGCUGGGCCAUCAAAAAGAAAUGAAAUUCCCAUGAUGUUGGUUGGGAUUGGUCCUUGUCAUCUGGAUCAGCAUUCAUGUAAACAGUUUCUGUUUCUGUUUGGGGUAAAAUUAUUCUGUUCUUAAAGAUUUACUCUAAUAUAUCAGAAGUAACAACAGUACGUUCAAAGCCAGACAAAAAAAACUGUGAAAGCUUGAUUGUUGCCAUAUUGGCGUAUUCUGUGAUUCACCAUCGAUUUGCUUAUUUCUAAACUUUGCAAUCAGACAUCUGCAUGUGAGUACAUAAACCACAGCUGACACAACAUUUUUUUAUUAUAAGAGGAGUUAAAAUUCCUGAUGUGUUGACAAAUUUGUUUCAAUUGAAUUUCACUUCAGGGUCAAUAAAGGUCUUCUUCUUCUUCCUGCUUCUUCUUUUUUCUCUUUUCUUCUUCUUCUUCUUUCUUCUCUUUUUUCUCUUUUCUUCUUCUUCUUUCUUCUCUUUUCUUCUUCUUCUUCUUCUGACUUUGAACCCUUUUGCCUCUGUCUAUGACCAUUCCGCUUAUCUCUGUGUGCGGUUAUCUGCACAGAAAAAAAUGCCACGCUUCUUCUCCAACUUUUUUGUCUAAUUUUUUUUGUUUUAUUCAAUGACCAGCAUUGGGAACAGAAAGUCUUCACGCUGGUGUCUGUUUUUAGUCAUUCUCACAUCCACCAGCUGCAACGGGAUUCAGAAGUAUUUGUUGUUUCCCUCUGAGGCGAGCUCAAAGGAGAUUGCUUAUCUGUUAAAAUAUAACCAUUACCAAAAUGUUUGCAAUAAUGGUGCAUUCCAGUUGUCCUCAGAGGUAGAAAUUUACGAGCUCCGAGUCGGAACUUUCAUCUGGAACGACCAUCGAGGUUGGAUUUCUGCCUCAGAAAGUUGCACGAUCAACACAGCCCCCUAGAUGACGUUAAAAGAUGGCGGCGCCGGUUGUAAACUGUAAAUUAAAGCUCCUAUUAUAAUCCUUUUAUUAACACUUUUCAUUCUUUAUUGUCGCAAUAAUUCAGCCUGAGGCUCGGCCUACAAAAGUAUUAUUAAAUGUUUAUUUGUGGAAAUGCUGUCAUAGUGUAAUUUACAUUUUUUAUGUGAAUGUGCCAACUACAAAGCUAGCGUGCUAACAGUGGCUAACAACAGUUAACAGUAGCCUGGUAGUUCCAGCUGGUGUUUUUUUUUGUUUAUUUCAACAUGUAAUUGACAAAAUGUAUGUAUGCAAUUGUUAAGAGCACUUGCCCGUUAUCAACUGAUGACCGAUCAAACAGCAAUAGGUACUUUUUGUAAACAAUGAAAUAUUUAGAAAUAAAAAAAAUAGGCUACUUUCUGUGCCUUUGUGCUGCCUCUUCAUCCACCAUGUUUGCAUGUCUCAGAAGGACCGCAUAUUUGUCCAGAAGUUGCUUAUAUUCGGACAAGAAAGGCGCUAAAAUAACUUAAAAUAUCUUGUUUCCACCUCCGAUUUUGCUUUUUUCCGACAUGGUAACUGAAACAAUGGUAACGCGGGUGUGACUUUAUUCCCAGUUCCGACAUCUGUCUUCCGAGGUAACUCGAACGCACCAUCAGCUUGUAUCAGGCCACAGUCCCCGUUUUAUCAAACAUUCAGGCUCUGAUUCAAACACAAACCUCUCAGCACAGCAUAAAACUCUGUCUUUAUUUUGCAUAAAUCUGUGCGGCUCAAAAAGGUUGUUUUUUUAUCUUUAAACACGCCAUCUUGUAACAGACAUAUGGUUGAAAACAAGACCUCUAUGAAUCAUGUGAGUUAAACCAAGCAGGCAGAUUUGGCAGCUCAUAGACCCUCUGCUGCAAUUCCAUCAUUUCCCAGUGCCAACUAUACAAUAGGCCUGAGGAGUCUGCCAAAAACUGUUUCACAUUUCAGGGCGCUCAUUUUAUUUGGACUUCUGAAGUAGUCCUCUCUUUCUCUAUAUAUUUCUUAUCCGUUAUUUGGUGUUUAGAGAAUCAGAGCAUUUCCACUUUGCUCAAAUGUCAUGUUGAUAUGUUUGGAUGAUUGCACAUGUAUAUGUGUGAUGAUGCUGAUGAAAGUGGACCCUCGGUUGUCGUGCGUCAAACCUAAAGUGAUAUUUCAGAUUGAUGCUUAUUUGGUUUGACAAAACAAGGACACAUAUCAGGGACUUAUCAGACAAUUCAUGUUGAAAAAAAAAACAGCUGACACUAAUGACAGUGCUGUUGCAUUCAUAAGCGAUCCCCAUGUGAUUAGAUGCCAGACAGUUCUUGCUGCCUGUGCAUAGAAGCACAAAUACACCCAUGCACUUCAGUCAAUGACUCAGUGAUGCAGCUGCAUGAUUUUGUGUAACAUCUACAGGAACACAAACCAAAGCUCUGCAUGUUUAAUGACAUUGUGUAACCAGAGUAUGAGGGGGUAAUGUGCGUGUGCUCGAAGGAUGCUGUGAAAUAAAUAUGCAUGCAGCUGUGUUACGUUUUUGUCGGUGAGCUUUCUGAUGGAAUACAUGUGUCCACUCAGGAUGUCUAAACAGGUUAAGUCUGCAAGAAACAAAUAGGAAGGAAGGAGGAUGAAGGAAGGACGGAAGGAAGGAAGGAAGGCGAAGUUGGGGGGGCAGGGAAAUCAGAACGUGUGCGUCUCUGCAUGCUUGUGUGCGUGAGCCUGCAGAGACAGUCCAUGUCAUCAAAUGUCUGACACAUUCACACUUCUGACACAUGUAUAUCCACACACACGCAAACACACACACACACACACACACACACACACCAUGUGGCUUGUGUUUGCUGUUGUAAUCAAGCACUUUUUAUUAUGAUUGUUCCAUCGUUUGCUGUAUUUUUUAGCACAAGUAAUAUAGUAAAUUGCACCAGUAUUUUAACCAUUUGAUAUGUAAAUAGUCUAAUUUCAUUUAGCUAGUUUCCUUUUUGUCAAACACAUGCACUGCAUCUCUCUCUCUCUUUCUUUGUUAUGCUCUCAUCAGGUCAUUGAUAUUUAAACUUACUCAGUUUACAGACAGGUUAAAUAAGACGAGAUCUGUAUUUCUUUGAGGAAAUCUGCUAUGAUCAGUGAUGCUACAUACUGUACAACUGCCUUAAUAUUAUUAACACAAUCCAAGCUAUUAAGAAAAAAAAAUCUUAACAUUAUAGUAGCAAAAAUUCAAUACAGAAAUGGAAAGAAUGUGUCAAGUAUUUCUCAGCCGGGUGUGAUAUGAACUACAGUUGCCUCCUCAAUGAAAUCAUUGACUAUAGAAAUUCUUCAAGAUCUCUUGUGACUAUCCAGGAAAAGGAAGCUUCACAAUUCACUGCAGAGCGAAAUGCAGUCCAAUUUAUUGAAUUUAGCGGCCAUUUUUCAGUUUGUUGUUUAUUUGUGCUUCACACAGUAAAGUCAGCAAUAUCAAGUAACACUGGUAUACAGCAGGAAACCAAUGAGAUGUUUAAAUAAAUAUGGGGGAAGGAUUAAAUAAAAAAAUUUGGUUGGUAAAAGUAAAGGUGGAGAGUUUUUUUUUAGUUUUUUAAAAACUAUAUAAUGUAGAGUUUCCCUGUUUGAAGAAAAUAUGAUCCUCUGCAGCUGAUUUCUAUCAAAUUCAGUUUUACUUUGUUUUAAAUCCACAAGCACUUAAGACACUUAAUAAUUUACAUUCAGCUUAUUCUUUUUUCCCUCAUUCCUUCUCUUCCUGAUCACGCAAAUGCAUUUGUCCUCCUUCAUGUUGUCAUCUUUGCCUCUCAGUUUCAGUCCCUGCAUACAUUUUCUUCUCUUUCUCCACCGCUGCUCCUCUGCUCUGUUUUCUAUCCGUCUCUGUGAUUCCUUUAACCAUAUACAACACACACUGUCUUACUUACGCCUCCCCCCACCAGCCAAUAUAUUUUUAAUUGUUUACCUCUUCUCCUCAUCCACUCAUUUCUCUCACCUCCCUCCUCAUCCCUUUCUUCAUUUUCCGUUGCUUGGCUGCGCAUUUGUGCGCCAAUCCAUCACCUUAUUGUCGCAGCAGUGCUCAGCCGCACUAAAAUUGACAGAAUACACCCCUGUGGGGGGUUCUUGUCUUCGCUGGUGAUAGGUCAGCCACUUACCUUCAAACCUUAAAAAAAAACAGUCAUACUAAAAAUAUCCUCAAUGUGUUUUUUGAUUUAAAACAAAGAUACAGUAUUUGCUUAAGGUAGAAGUGUGCCAUAUUCCUUCCUGUUUGUUAUCGCUCACAUUAAACUGCAUGUUUCUUACGAUGGUAAGGUAAGACAAGGUCAACUCAUCUGGACUUUGGAAGGCGUAUUUCAUUGACACUUCUGUCAUUUGUCUGUAGGUAGCAGCAAAACAAAGCAGAAAACACUUUUACUUACAUUGAGCAAACUUCGACAAUAAGAGAACAAAUUGACGUUGUUUACUUACCGAUUGUAGAAGGAAAACUGUACAAAUGAAUGGUACAUCAACCUGGAAGAGGCAUAGUAACCUGUGAUACAAGUGUGUUGUUCCCUGAAAAUCUUUGUAAUGAAAUCUUGUGGAGUUAUGAUUGUGUUGAUUUGAAACUCAUUGAUGGACACAGCUUCAGAAAGUGUCUGAAUCCACGGUUUGUUACACUUCCAUGACAUUUGCUUCUUACCAGCCUUCUUGUGGGACAAUUAACAGUAAACUGACGUGACAUGAGACAGACGUGAGCACAUCACUCCUGUCCUUAGCUCCCUUCAUUUGCUUCCCCUCUCCUAUAGGAUUGAUUUUAAACUUUUAAUGUUUGUUUUUAAAGCUCUUAAUGUCCUCGCUCCCAUCUGUUUAAUUGAGCUUUUAACUGUUCAGGAGCCGGGUAGAACUCUGAGGUCGUCAAACCAACUUGUGCUGAAAGUGCCCAGAUCAAAACACACACACUGGGGUGACCGAGCCUUUUCAGUUGUUGGUCCCAGGCUCUGGAAUAAGCUCCCCACUGAAAUGAGACUUAUUUCCUGCCUGGGCCUUUUCAAAUCACUAUUGAAAACGUAUUUAUUUAUGCUGGCUUUCAAUACCCAGUCGCGUGGUGACACUUUAUUUUAUUGCAUUGUGUCUUAUUCUUUUUUUAUUGUUUUUAUUGUUUUUAUUUAUUCAUUAUUGUAAAGCACUUUGGUUCACAGAAAGGGUUGUUGUAAAGGGCUGUAUUAAUAAAGAACAUUUACAUUUACAUUUAAACAGAAUAAUUUUAAUUCCCGGUCAAGUUACAGUCAAACAUUUAAAUGGACAUGAAUAUUUUUUUGAAGGUACAGAGCCUCUGCAAGAAUAUCGGCAUUGACUUCUUUCAUUCAGCUCUCAGGCUUGCAGUGGACACACUUUAAAACAACGAUGAGGUUCAACUUUUAAUUUUGUGCCUAUUGUCGUCACAACCCCUCAUGAUUCACUUUGUUGCAAUCAGUAACUUUGAGCUCUGCUGCCUUUCUGAGAGCUAACAUUUUUUUGCCUCAGUGUAGACAGGCAGAGGUGAAAUGUACCAGACUCUGCCAAAUUGAUUUGAUAUAACACGAGUGAUCUGGUUGACCCUGGCGCUGCUACUAUACAGCAUUUAUUCACAGGAGAUUUUUCUGAAAUACUAACAUUUAAUGAAAAGGUUUUUAUCUCAUGUCCUUAUCUCAUUUUGCUCAUUUGAAUCAAACAGACGGAAAAUAAUCCCUUAAAUGAAUCCUGUAGCCUCUAACCUCGCUUGAAAUACAGGGACACAGUCUUUCCUCACAUCUGUCUGUGCAGUGAGAGGAUAAAGUUAGACUGCAUGACCCUGUCAGCUUUAAUGUUCAAGUUUAUGCUUAUUGGUCUUGGGUUGUUAGAUGUCCCUUGUGAUCAGCAUUAGGAUGAAUCAAGUUUCAUUAAUAAAAUUCUGGGAGAAUAACAAAGAGGUCCUCGCCUCUGUGUUUUUACUGCAUGAUGCAGUAGUCUCAGUCAACAGUCAGUUAUCACAGUAACAGAGACACGGGCACUGUGCACCACCUAAUGGCCUUAUAGGCUCAUGUGCAUUUCUAGUAUUUGGCUGGGUGAGAAGACACAUGGUCAAAUCAAAUCGAUCAAAAUUUAACAACCUUAGAGUCAAGCAGUAGGCAAGUGUCCUGACUUCUGGUCAAACAGGAGAUGAUCAAACCAGAGAAAGAGCAAAUAUCUGACGUGAGGUUACACUCAUAGAGAUGCUUCGGGGAGAGAGCCAGCCAGAGGCUUCACUGAACCUUUUUAAACCACUUCUUUCUGUUUUUAGAUCUUUGACACAGAGCUGAAGGAGCAGGAGAGGGAGGUGUGUUUCAUCGACAUCGCCUACGAUGAGAUCCCCGAGCGCUACUAUAAAGAGUCUGAGGUGAGAUUGCAUGAGUGAAUGUGUGUGGACGCUCCAGGAAAUGAGUGUUUAACACCAGUUGACGGGUGAAAGUGGAGUGGAAGUUAAAAAUACUGAAGCAAACAAUGUGAUCCAUGUGAAAGAGUGUGAUUUCAGUGCCUGGCAUAUUGUGAUCUAAAUCAGAUGUUUUUUUUUGUGUCCUCACUGCCACAUGAUCUUCAUUAAGAACAUUGUAUACUUGGUACUAUCUGUGUUGAUUAGUAAAUGUGUCUUCAGAGCAUAAAUGUUUAUCCUUACAGAAACUUUAGCUUCCUCACAGCUCUCUUGUCCCACACAAAUUUUCCCUGAAGUCUGAAAGUCUUCAUACUUCAGACUCUUAUCGAGUAUCAGAGCUGCUAAUUGUCUUUAGAGCAGUUUGAUAACACAAUGCCUGAUGAGCCUUGAUAGGAUCUGAUGGGUAUAUGUAAAAGGUAUUCAAUAGUGGCUUUCAAUAGUGCGUCUAAUUUGUGCUGUCAGUUAUGACUCUCCACGGGGGUGUCGUUUUUCCACUGGGAUGCAGAAUCACUAAUGAUGACUUCAGGUUCUGGGUCGGUUUUUCUAACAUCUUAGUAAACGUGUGUUCAACGCAGGACUUGCGGUAUUUCAAGUCAGAGAAGACGUCACGAGGUAUUCUUCAGGAGGGCUGGAGGGACACUCAAGACCCCAUCAUGUGCUCGUACAAACUGGUCACCGUCAAGUUUGAGGUUUGGGGUCUGCAGACACGAGUGGAGCAGUUUGUUCACAAGGUCAGUGGCUACCCGUAGGAGGAAUCUGACUUUUUCAGUCAAAGCUGAAAUUAAUAUUAACAGCUUUAUGUUUUUAAUUUGAUUUUUUUUCUUCUUCUUUUGGCUUGUAAUGUAAAACAGGUGCUAAAUUCAAUUGCUAAAAAAACGUACUGUGCACAAUGUUGCUGUUUCAGAGCUUUUUAACAUCUGUGUUUUCAUGGCAACUGAAGUAUACAAUAUUUUCAUGAAUGAAAAACAAUGAUAAAAAAUCUUGCUGGAUUGAUCCCUGACCCUGGAUUCCUGACCGUCUUCUCAAGAUCUUCAUCUCCACAUUCUCGCUUUUCUUAAGUGAUCCUGUUUAACGAAGGACCUUAAAAGGGGACUUUUUAAAAAUGGUAUUAUGGCAUAGUUCAUUGUAUGAAGUUUAGCUGUGAACGUCUCAUUAGGUGUUAAAUGGAUUUUAAUUUCGGCACAAUUAGCUCAUAUUAUUUGAAAAUGUGUAAUGAGUUGUUUUAUACAUGUUCAAUACUAAUCAAAAUAUUGAUUUACAUAUUCCUGUUUACAUAUUUACAGAGCCUUUUAGGUGAGAGAUUAAAUAAAGGCCAUGUGCAGAUUUGUAUGCAUGCACUCACAAUUCAUGUGCACAGGUUGUUAUCUAUACUCAUACACAUCAUUGUUUUCUUGACCUUGGCACCUCAUUCAUUCAUUCAUACAUACAUGUGUUUUGGACUAGAGAUCUGUCGGAGACAGGGGUUACACAUUCCUAUUUCUAUUGAUCUUCUGUUGAUAUUAAUAUUUUCAAAAGCAAGAGUAAUAAUGACCAAAUAUUUCCCUGGGAUAAAUAAAGUACUCCGAUACUGAAGCCAAGGCUCUUGACUCUGAUGACCCACCGCACACAAGGCGGGAGUUGUCUUUUAUGACACUCAAUACAAGCUCAGACUGUCAGAGCACACCAACAGUGAUCUAAAGAAGAGUGUCACAUUAUCACUCACAGAAGAAAAGAGUUUUUUUUUUUUCCCCCCUAAUUCCACCUCUACCAAAGCAACUUCGGUCCACAGGAAACAUAUACCCACACCUCCUUAUUAGGUGUUCACAUGUCUAUGAUCAAACAGGGUUUUCUGCUGCGAAUUCACCCUCAAAUUAAACGAUAACACAUAUACAGUGUUUAGUGAGAAUGCAGGAACAAUUAAAGGAUUUAUUUGUUUAACAAUGUGCACUGCAGUAUGUUGGUGCUCAUAUGUGCAUUUUGUCAAUAGGAUUUCAAUAUCAGCGAUCACAAAGUGUUGUAGGAUUAAUCGCUCCCUGAAUUGACUUUGUCUUGUUACAGGUUGUUCGGGAUGUGUUGCUGCUUGGUCACAGGCAGGCGUUUGCCUGGGUGGAUGAGUGGAUUGGUAGGUCUAUCAGCACUUUGUCUUUGCUGUCAUAUCUAUGUUGAUAAUAUACGUCAUGGUUGCUUGAUAAUUGUUCACUAAUUAGUGUGCAUGAAAAGUCACCCCACAUGCAUCCAACCCUGUCACUGCUAGUCCUGCUCAUUACCCGCAGCAUGGAUCCUCCCCUCAGUACCACCGCACUAACACUGACUCAUGCCAAUGACUAACUAUGUGACCAGACAUAGUGUUUGAUUUCAAUGAAACCUGCUUCAUAAUAUAUAUCCCCUUAACCUUACUCUUUUGUGUUUCAUCAAAGAUAAGGUCAAAUGUAUUUAUAGUUAUCAGUUAAAACAAGUUUUAUUGCACAGAUUUAUUAUCUUAGUACUCUACCGUGAAUUUUAAUGAUUUUUUUUUCUAAAUUUUAAUAACAGCCAUGUAUAAACUGGUGAAGGAAAUCUCUAUUUAUUCUCCAACUAAACUUGGUAGUGUUAAUCUACAAAAAUGCUUGUAUUUCAGCAGGGGUUAAUAGUAUAUGUGCUCUAGUGAAGACAGAUAUCCUCCUCACUGCAGCACCUGCACAAAAGGCAGAUCCGUUUGCAGCCACAAGUGCAACACAUUUAAUGACUCGUGAGGGUUCAACUAGUUUGAAAGCUUAAGGGCAUAGAAAAGAAAAAGACAUAAUCUUUGCCAUGAAACACAUUUUCCAUCUCCCUGCAAAUGGCUAACCUUUCUAUCACAACUCCCUUCAGCCUGAAAGCCUUAAACGAUACUCUAGUCUUUUCACAUGUGGAAUGAUAUUGCCUGAAGAGUAAGUGAACCCCUCCAGGGUGUGACUUUCUUUUCCUUCCAAUGAUCCAAACUCUUAUUUUGGUUUGGAUUGUCUUUGCUUUUCCCUUGUCGUGAGACAUCGUUUUUUCUCCCUUUUCCCUGGUUUUGGCUCUGAUUUGCAAAGCUGGCUCCUGUACAUUCUCUUGGUAAUGGAGGCUACCACUUCCUUUAUGGCUUUUAACACUAAAACGCUGUAGUGAUUUGCUAAAACCCCAACACAAUACCCAUGGAAUGCACUGAAGACACCUAACCCUUUCCGCCCCAACUGUCUUUCAACCGGAGUGCCAUAAAAGAGGCAUUAACAACAUUCUGACCCCCGUUCCACCCUCCCCCCCUUCUUCCAGAUAUGACUUUGGAUGACGUGCGGGAUUAUGAGAAACAAAUGCAUGAGAAAACCAACAUUAAAGUUUGCCAUGAGCAGCAAGAGCAUUCCACAACAAAUCCAUCUUCCCUGGAUGACAUAGAGAUCCAUGACAAAGCAAGCGUAUGUGUCUUUUUCAUUGUUUCAUUACUCCAUUGCUCGUUCUCUGUCUCAUUUUUUAAUUGUUAGUUAAUGUGAAAGAAGUUGUCAAAGUUGCAGUCAGUUGUAGCUUCCCUCUUUAUAUCACUUUAUCAUUCUGUGGGCUUUAUGUCAAAUGAAGUAGUUCUGUCCUGAAAAUAGUUGUUGACCUGUCUGUGUUGUGUAUUGCUUCCCCAAUGAAGAGCGUAAGAAGAUCUGAUCAGCUGUUAUCUGAGUGUCUGCUGCUGUAUGGAUCACUUUUGUCUUGUUUGUUUCCAAUGACACGUGCCUCAAACUUAAAAAUACCUCCUUGACAUCUGAAUGCGAUAUAAAACCACAUUCUGAUGACAGAAGGUUUUUAGAAAAGUGUUUUCAAGCUGUCUUUAGCAAUAAAUUACUGGAUACUCUAUGAAGAGUUAAUAUUUCUUCAGUACAUCCAUUUAUUCUGGUCUAUAUGGAUCCAAACAUGGCGUUAGUGAACUCUUAAAAGUUUUGAAGGGGCUCUCUAGAAAACACAUAGAAUUUGAAUGUUUACCAGAAACUUUUUUGUCACAAUAGAAAUGAAGAUAAAAACUUGGAUGUGAGUUUUUCCUGACAUAAGAAUAAGAAGAACUUUAUUUAAUUAUUUAUUCAUUUUAUUUCAUAUGCCUAUACUCCUUAUAAUUAAUUUUAUCUAUGAAAGUUGAAUGGACAUAUAUACACAUUUUCCAGUUAUUUGUCUCAUUAGUACAAAUUGUUCUUUUCCGAUACAGACAUGACUAUGGAUGAGGUGAGAGAGUUUGAACGCACCAUCCAGGAGGCCACCAACCAGAAGAUUGGGAUGUUCCCCCCGUCAAUCUCCAUCAGCGAGAUGCCCCUAUCGUCUUGUGCCCUUACCAGCCCUGCCAGUGCUCCUACUACCCCCAUGUGCACUGAUGCGCCUGAGGCCCUCUCUGUCCCCAAGGACCGACCCCGCAAAAAGUCUGCCCCUGAAACUCUAACCCUCCCCGACCGUGCAUCAAGUGGCGUCCCCCAGGGCUCUGUGCCAAGCCCACUGCCAGAUUCAAACCACGUCCAGUCAUUCACAACGCUAUCCUCCAACCCUGAUCUCACGGAGAUGGAUGAGUAGUAGGGUGACCUUAGGAUGUCUUUCCACACCUCUUUCUUUACUUACACGCCCAAACCUUUUGUCAGCUGUAUCAAGACAUUCAAGUUUUCUGGGCUUAUCCAGCGAUUCACCAUAAUGUUAUACACACAACAAUCCGUUUUUACCAGUGGCAGCUGUAGGUUUGAACAACCUGACAAGGCUGACCUCUUCCUGCAAGUUCAGUGUCUCAUCUACUUAAAGAACCACUAUGAUGUCCAAUUAAAUUAAGAGCAGCCACUUUCUUUUGCAUAGUUUCUUAUGUUGUUUCCAUAAAAAUGCCAAGUGUUUCCUUACGUAUUUUUGUCCAGGACAUGAGCUGAUACCUCGCUAUCUGCUGAACUAUGAAUUGGUUGCCUUACCACCACAGAGCCAGUGUUACUUUCUUUUUUAGUUUUGACAAUGUGCCCAAAUAAAUGACUGAAUUAUUCAGUCUGCAAAUGGCUGUAUGUGUUUAAUUUGAGAUUAAAUUAUGAUACAAACUAGAGUAGCACAGUGGACACAAAAUGAUAGAUCAAGGCUUACCAAAAAGAAAGCCAAGUGCCCUGAUUACAGAGGAGCUUAGCCCCUGUUUCCUGAGCCGUCCAAACUAGCCUGCAAAUCAGGCUGCACCAAACCUUUCUAUCACAAACUCCCAAUAGAUGCAAAAUCAGUACAAUCAUAGAGUUUACUCCUCAGGUCUCCCCGACUCUUCAUGACUUGCACUCCAAAGGCAGGGAUGUAACCGUACCUUUCUGUCCCUUCUUAUUGCCAAACAGCUGCAUAUAAUACCUCUACAGAUAUUGCAACACAGCACCUAUUGUAUGGACUAUACCGGUCGAGUUAACCCUUGGAAUGUUUAUACAUCUGAAAUCUUGGAGCAUUUGUGUACUAUAGCAUGACAUUUUAAUGAUUCUGAAAUUGGUUCAAUUAAGUUUAUAACUGCAUAUAUCUUGUUCAAGCUGUCUGAAAGGUCAGUACAACGUGAAAAAUGUAAAAUGUUGCCUGAACUUAAUGCUGGACAUCUCAUGUGACAGAAAGGGGAUUUAGUUUUACCAAAUCAGCAGAUCACUCUCAAGUCAUAUACGUAUAGGAACAAGGCCAUUGUGGGAAGGUUUUUUUAGGCACAGACAGAUCUCUGUCCCCAGAGGAGGCCACAAGAAUUCACUGCUUAAUUUGAUGAGGAGGGCAUGUGCAUCAAGCUGACUUGAGUAUGUGCCAAGCUGCAUAAUGCUUACACCUUUGCUUUGCUAGCACUGGCUGGUCAUCUUGAGCCAGCGCUUUGGUUGGCAGGGAUUUGAAGAUGGGGAAAUCUUUUGUGAUUUCUCAUCUUUAGUGGACUUUUAUUGGUGGUUUCCACCCAAAACUCCUAAAGGAGAAAAAAGACAACAGCCAGUUGUUCUCUUAACCCCAUUUUUUAAGUUUAAUGUUAUGAUGAAGAGGGUUGUAUAUGCUGCAUGUGAUGUUCACAGCAUAUAUACGUAGCUUACCUGAGGCUAGCAUAUGUAAAGUGUAUAUACUGUAAAUGAAUGGAUUGGUAAAGUUUAUUCUGCGAUGCAAUUGAAUGGAAAAGUGAAUGCUAACUCAGACAGCUAUGUACUAAUUCUGUAUGGUAGAGAAAUCCGAUUUUGAGUGAAAGGUAAGCAUGUCCAAUAUAGGCCUACAAACUCUUGCAACUCAGUGCCUCUGCAUGCAACUAUUGUGUCAUUGCCUACCAGUUUGUGAACCAAAAUCUCCAAUCAUCUUAUUAUCCACAGCACAAAAGUCAACUGUUUCUUUGCCUGUUUUCUAUCUUAGCUGUUGCAUCAGUAGUUUCAAAAGGGGCCUCAACCCCUUGAUUCAAAAGUACAAUGCAAUCAUACAAGAUUAAUCAUAUCAAACUAAAGGGGCGUGUCUGACUUUUUUGAGUGGGGUGGCCCAGCUAGGAUUCUGACUUAUGCAGGGGUGAUAUGACGUUGAUGCACUCACACACAUGUAAAUUUUCGGCCCUCUGCCUCCACUAAUCAUUUCUACUUAGACUAACAUUGAAGUAUCACUCAGGUGUUAUAUCCUUGGGUAGAAGUCUUCUCUAAUCAUCUAAGCUUUAUUCUUGAAGGACUCCAAAAGAAGGUGUUUGUCCAAAGUCACUAUGUUAAUUACUUAAACAGAGUGCAGGAGUUUGCACGCUAUCUCUAAUUUACCGAUUCCUCUCCUAUGCAACUAUCUUAUGCAAUAGAUGUCUCAAGUAUUUUUAUAAAAUUAAAGGUUCAAACAUAAACAAAUCUUCAUCUGAAUUUAGGUAAAACUAAUAUUUGCCUGUAACUACGAUCUAAAUAGUUCACUUUGACAUAGGCUCUGACAAAGCCAAUGGCCAAUCCCAAUUAUAGGAUUUUUGUGUGGUCCUCAGGGUGGCCACGAUUUAAAAGGGGGCCCCAAGCCACCCCUAUGGACACGCCCCUAUAAACCACAUCAUCACAGUUUUGAAUAACAGGAUGCUGUUGUGUUCUUCAAAACAAGUAGGUUUUAGUUCUCCUGCUUAUGUCAAUUACUUCCAGCCAUACGGCACAAAUGCUUUUUUUUUUUUUUUUUUGCACUUUCCAGUGUUUGACACCUUAUUUGACAAUGAAGAAAUGUGUUACAUUACCGUCUUUUAGGUUUGUUGGACCAAAGUCCUGCAGUACAGUAAAGUUAUUUUAAAAAGAACAGAUUAAGGAGAGAGUCCUCAGUGGUCUUGUCAUACAACCUGUUAAUAUUAUGUACAGUUUCUCACUGCUUUUGUUAAAAAACAAAACAACUGUAGCUAUUUAUCUGUAACUGUAGCUUAUGUCUUUGCCUUUUGAGGUAAUGAUAUUAUAUACCAGUUACAGGCCCUCUUUAUUGGUCUAAUAUGUAUGGAUUACACAUACAUCAGACUCUGGUAAUGACCAUCUCUCUUUGUCAGGAACACAGAGAUCCAGGGAAAUGUUUGAUCUACCACGGGCCAUUAAAAGUAAUGCAAAAUAUCCAUUAGUGUAACAUGAAGCUCUGCUCUGUUUAAAAGAGUAACACAUUAAUAGGUUGUGUAAAUACUGUUGUUAUUGACUAAUGUAGUAAGGUUCUUACAUUGAACCUGAUCAAAGUUGCAUUACUGAUGUGAUAUGAAUGUGCUGAAAGUUUUCAAAUGGACAAUGAAGGAUACUCUUCAAUGCAUUUUCUGGGAUGACUUCUUCACGGACACAGAUUUAGGGUGGGUUCGGAUCUAGAAGUAAAAUGUGUCUGUACCUAUGAAGUCAUUAUGGAGGAUACUGAGUUUAGUUUAUUGAGUUUGAAAAUUCCUCAUUGUAGUGGUGCAAUUUUUGACUCUUGAGUUGCUUUCGUUGACCCUCUGGGGCGAAAUUCUUUGUAAAAGUUGUAAAACAAAUUGAUACUUUUAUUUUGGUGGGUUGGCUUUUUUGAUGUUAAUUGAUGUUAAUGAAGAGGUGAUUGGCUUUUCUGAUGUAUCCUUUUUUUGUAUCAAACCUGCUGUACUUUGAUUUUGUGGUUGCUGUAUUGUUUGAAGGAAAAUUUAAAUCAGUUUUUCAUCGUUUCUCUUGACAAAAGGACCAAGCAUUUCACUCCUCCUGGUGCAGUUCGCACUACAACCUCACUGUUGUGUUGUUUGCCUGGAACCUGUUUCACAAACCAGGAUCUGUGAGUUAGCUGAAGAGGUGCCCGGUGUGCUUGUCCAGCCUUCAGCACUAGCCCUGCUUUGUGAAACAGGACGUGCAAGUGCCGUCCCUGUUUGGCUGCUGGAAAUAGCUCUUAUUAUUGUAUUUGGUAUACUUUUACUGCCCUUUGAGGUUCAUUUGGUUCUUUGUUGUAACUUUCCUUUUUUCUGAAAUAGAAAAAUAAACUUUACAAGCUAUUGCACCAGUGUUAACAUUCUUUUCUUUUACCUUCCAUGUUACACCCAGUGUUCUAUAUUUUAUCCUCGAACACCAAACUGCUGGCUGCAAUAAGCACUUAUGAGUAACAUGUAGAAAAAAAAACCCUUCAGGAAUAAAAUCAUAUAGAUCAUGGGUUGGUAGUGAGUAAAUAUACCCUGUAGUGUUCCAACAGAAAGUCUUUGAGGUUCAGUUACAAGUAUUUUAUAAGAAUAAAAGCUUUAAUUCAAGCCACAGUAAUAUAAACAUGUGGAUACAUCUUGUGAUAUUAGUUGUACAAAAGCUUUGUCAUGAAUGUGUCUCUUUUACCUCCAGAGGAGAGAAAGCACAACGCUGAUGAUCCAGAACCAGUGUGAAGUGCUGAGAGUGUGCCCUCCAGAGGAUGUUGUGUUAACUGCAGCUGUAGUUACCAUAGAUGUGAUAUCCAUGGCUGUGGUAACUGGCACAGCUGUGGUAAGUGCUCUAGCUUGACCCACACAUGUCCCCACGUUUCCCACAUUGUCCACAGCAGUCAGCUCUACAAUCUGUGAACAGCAGGAGGCGCUGUAGGUAGCUACUGUAACAUUCUCUCCCCCUGCUCCAGUGGUCAUGCUGGUAUUGAGGGUACCGUUUCCUUGGCGAAUGGUGACACUGUCUACGCCUGUUCCAUUUAUGCCAUCAGUGAUGUUUGCAAUGAACGUCCACUGAGAGGCUGCACAGAGUGACGUAGAAGAUGAACAGUUGCUUAUUGUGUUGACUUCCUGGCACACCGGACGGGUAACGUCUGUAACCUGAGAGACAGACACCGAAAAAGGAUGAGAUAAAGUAAGAAGGAAGGAAAGGGUUAUCAGUGAUUGACCAACUACAAGACUGAACACUGAGACUUAGGCCAGAAAUUUUUUUCCUGCUUUUGCAAUAAAUGUAGCGAAACAUACAUUAAUUAUUACUUCAUAUUUGGUCACAUACAGUGUGUAGCAGAGAAGUGACUGAACAUUAUAAAGCUAUAUUUGACAUUUAUGUUUCUCACUUACAUAAAAUACUAAUAUGGAAAAGGAACAGCCUUUCUUCCUGGUCUUUAUUUUUGUCAGUAGAAGUUCAACACAAGAGGUCAUCAAAACAUUGCAAACAAUACUAUUAAGCCAUUGUUGCUUGACUUCCAAAAAAUGCACAAAGUUUUUCAUCUUUCAUGCAUUCUUCAACAAAGUAUACAACCUGUGUUUUUGUCUUACCCUGGCAAUCACAGACAGCCUGAUGACCUCAAAGUUGAUGUCAGUGGCGGCUGCAUUUUCUACCUCGACGGUGAGGGUCACGUCUGUUCCUGAAGCAGCAUUGGCUGGUACGGUUAAAGUAACAGUGCCAUUGGCUUUGCCUCCACUGCCCCCUGCUAUGGUGACAGUGCUGGGUGAAGAUGUAGCAUAGCUGCGGUCAUUGUUGACUCGUACUGUGAACGUCCCGGUUGCAGAUUCAUCAACAACUCCAUUGGUGGUGUUGCUGACAGUGAAAGGGAUGGAGACGGUGGAGUCUGGCUCUAUGCUGGUGUUAUUGAGCUGAGCCUGAAAAGGUGAAAGGAUAGAAAUGUGUAAAUUAAUAGAAAGAAGCACUAAUGAAAGAAGAACAGAACCAACAUGAUGAUACCUUAAGCAAUAUUUGGGUCUAUGAUCAAACUAACGGGACAGAAAACUGAAGGUUAUUACACUCACAGUGACAGAGAUGCUGGAGGUCUUGAUCCGUGUCGAGACUUGUCUCUGGAAGGUGCUUGCUUUCAUUCUGGAGGUGGUGCUGCUGUCCACUCCUUUCAAACGAACCACAAACUCACCAGCAGGGACACCACUGAAUGUCACAAGAAAGUUUCCACUUCCCACUGACUGUAAAGACAGAAAAAAACAGAGAGACUUCUGCUGUCACAGUGUAGACAGUGCUGGGAAAUGGCCAACACUUUGAAGUGUCAUGAUCACAACACUGAAGGUUUACAGCGCACUGCUGAAAUCAAUAAGCAAAGUUUAAUUGAUACUUAAGAUUAAGAGCGCUCAAUUACUGCAACUUGUAACGUCUUGUGUCAUUGCCAAAUUGCUACAAGAGGAAGUCUUUGUGAGAAGUGGAUAUAAAAUAGACCAAUGUCAAUCUCCAUGGACAAGGUGGUUUCUUUUCCCUCUUUACUGAUCUUGUCUUCAGAUGUGAGUGAAGAUUUGAGGACAAAAUCCUGCUUUCCUCAAACAAACAAAUGUCUUACCCACAUGAAUUUUUCAUUCCCCUUUAAUUUCAUCCAUAAUCCCCACUUGCACCCUAGACUUUCUAGGUGCAUUAAAUAUGCAUGACAAGAAUUCUGUCAAAAAUUUCUUUCUCAUCCAAGCUCUGAUUUUCCGUCAUUCUCUCUGAUUUUCACCCCUAGAAGCAGAGUUAAGAGCUUUGGAGUGCUACUUAGUAUGGCAGAUCUGUAAGAAUUUCUGAUUCAACUAAAGACCAAGGACAGAGACCUCGGUGAGGGCUUUGGGGUUCGGGGGGAAGCUGUUUCUGCAGGCAUCUGUAGACCAUUUCAUCUGCAAACGGUCCCAAGGAACCGUUGUUGAUGGUCUAGCCUGCUCUUGAUGGUCUUGAUAAUGUCUCUCUGAUUCAUAACUAGAUGCCAGCCUUCAUUUACAUUUUCCACAGAACAAUGAUAACACAAAGCAAAAUCAGAUUCAAGAGACCACUUCUUAAACAGCAGAAUAAGAUUUGUGGCGAGAAAAAAUAUGAUGCUUUGUCCCGAGGGACCACCAACAUUAAGGUGUGAAACUUCUCUGUGGAGAUUGGAAGCAGCAAUAAAUACUAUUUAGCGGCUGAAUGUGUGUGUGUUUUUCAUUAGAGUUUUUGAAAUGCAUCAUGUAUCAUACCUGCAUUGUGCCAUUGACUUCUGUUGGCCCUGAGCUGUCAAACAGGGUUACCUCUGUGACCUCUAUUGUGUCACUUCCUGUCACAGAGACCAAGAGGCUGGUGUUACCACCUGGAUGGUAAGAGAAAAAGAAAACCACUUUAGUAGAGCUAAAACAUGGUUUAGAUGUCAUGGGUUUCAUUGAGACCUUUUGUUUCUCUGCAGAGUGAGAAUUAUGAUUCUCAAUCAUGUAGUGAAGCACACAGAAAAACUUCAGUAUUGUAAUAUGUGCACUGAUAGAUGAAAAUAUGUUCUACAGAAAAAAAAUCAAGGUCAGAAUAAUGAUGACAGUGGUCUGACCUGAAAGAGGACGUCCCUCCUUUAAACUGAAGUCUCCAUGGACUCCUUCGUUUGCGUCCACAAGGUUAAAUAUGAAGUUCACUGAACUUUGACCUUUAUUAUAGACACAACAAACAGAUAGAAAGGGCUGCCACAAAGCUGAUACAACUGUAAACAGACGCAAAAUAUCCAUAUCACUGACCUGUGACUUUAACAGAGUACUGGCUAUUAGAGUCAACACUGAUUUUCCACAAUCCUGUUUGGUUGUCACUGUUGAAGCUUAACCGACGGAGGUUUCCUACUGUGGUGAUGGAGGCUAGAGGACCACUGGCCUGACUGGAACUCUGAGAUACACCUGAGAAAGGAGACAGAAUGUCAUUUUCUUCCUAAAACUAGCAAAUCUAAAGGUUCUUUUGGUUAAUUUUUUGGAAAAAGGUGACUUAGUUGUCGAACAAAACUAGUUUUAACUUGAGAAUUAACAGUGGAAACAACACCUGAAGGGCUGGUGAGAGUGAAGCUGAGAGAGGAGGCUCCUGUAACAUAGGCAGUCACGUUCCUCAGGGAAUCAUCUAAAGUAAAUGUGAAAUUAUCAGGCCUGCCAGGAUUCUUUACCACCUGAAAAACUGUCACCUAAAAUAAGGAGAAAGAGAGACAGCAAAUGUAAAAACAUACUCUUCAGUAAAACAUAAAAUCAGGAACGAUUCUUUCUCAGUGUCUCACCACAGCACUGGCCGAUGAAUCCUCUAUGACACUUGUAGCCAGAGAAAGAUCUGACUUUGAGACCUCGAUGGUUUGACCACCUGAGGCCUGGGCGAGGUCACGGUACAGUUGGGUGUCUGAUUGGCCCAUUGCACGUGGGAACACUCCCUGAAGACCUCUGCGGAGCUGGCGACUGCCCAGGACAUUAGUGAGCAUGAAAGUUACCUUCAAGUGCGAGGAUAAAAAUAACAUUUUGGAGGUUACAUAACAUCACUCAGGUCCUCUACUACUCUAUUUUUAAACACUCUGAGUGUGUUCCAAAAAUAUCUAUGCAUGUUUUAUACUCCUAAAUUUUAGAGCUUACUAACUCUAGAGUGGCAUGCUCCCAAGAUAUUAAAUCAGGAAAUAAAAGAUGGACGGUCCGAAUCUGGAUUUUUUUUUCUCCCCAAACAUCAAUUUGA